AUGGCCGACGACAGGGAAGGAAGGAGUUCGAAAAUAAAUGUUGUGGUGAAAACCUCAAAGAGCAAGGAGACCAUUGAAACUGAACCAACUACGACGAUAUUAGAGGUAUUUAUUUGUAAUAUUAAGAGUACAAUUUCCCGGUAGAUAUUAACGUUAAUGAUUUUUUCCAGUUCAAACAGCUCGUAUCAGCCAAGUUCAACGCGCCGGUGCCCCAGUUGUGUUUGAUUUUUGCUGGGCGAAUUUUAAAAGAUGGAGACACCCUAGCGUCUUAUGGUAGGUUUUAUUUUUCCUUUUAAAAAACUGGCUAUAUCCUGUCAUCAAUCUUGUUUUUUUCCUUUAUUGACAGCGAUCAAAGAUGGCUUGACCGUUCAUCUGGUUGUAAAGUCUGAAAACAGGGUUUGUAGUGCUAACUUUUUGUUACGAGAUUAUGAUUUAAUAGUGAGAGCAUUCACCGGCCAGACGACUCUCUGUCGAAAUAUUUUUCAAAAACCGAUUUCUUUUCAGCUGGCGAAAAUGAGAAUCGUCUCCAAAUACCGCGCUGAGACAAAAGUAUUGUCAUACAGAUGAAUUGUAAAUUAAGAACCCGAUUUUUUUCUUAUGUAGAACUUUUUUUGUGGGGUAACGUAUAAAACAAAAGUUUCCACUUUGGCCAAUCACACGAGAUGCAGACAAUCCAAUGAACCAAUUAGAUUUUUAGAGAUGGUAAAAGACCUGACCAAACAGUUAUAAUAGUUGAUGAUAGUUAAUGGUAGUUUUAACCUUCACCAUGGUUUAUUACUACACCUAUCAUUGACUGUCAUGUACUCUCCUAUUAUCCUCCUGCGUUGAUGUUGUUAGGGCUUAAUCACACUGUCCCAAAUGAAAUUUUUUUCAAUUUUCCCCAAAUGUUUGCUGAAUGGAACAGCCAUUUUCUUUCAAAGUAUUUUUGCCAUUCACAGUGUAGACUGCAAAACAGUCGGUUUUUUUCUCAAAAUCAGUAAAGAAAUCGGUAAAGUGUGGCCUAAGAGUCUUACGCGCGCGAAGCGCGUGAGCCUCACACUCCCGUAGGGCGUGUGAGGCCAGAGAAAAAAAACCGACUGUCCGUUUUCCAUACAAUGAGUUCGUUCCGACCAGGGGGUUCAAAAAUGUCGUCGAGCUGUCAAAAAUCUGUUCGCAACUCCGCCCUCUUUGUGAAUUUGAUAGACUCGCGUGUUAUUAUUGACGCUGUAAUCCAGUAAUUCUAAAGCAGUUUUUAGCGUUGUUUCCCUGUGAAUUGUAGUGUAUAUAGUGAAAUGUAGUAUAUAUAGUGGAGGAUCAAAAAUGAGUGAAAGUGGCAGUACGACAACAAAGCCUGUGCCUGCUCCUCGAAGAGGGAGAAAGCCGAAAGAGCCGAGGGCUUUGGACAAAUAAAUUGUAGAAGAAUGUGCGGCUGUUGUUUCAAAACACAGUUUGGCAAUUUUACAAAUGGAUGGAUAAGCUCGGAAAAUGCGUUUGUUGCGCCUACCAGAAAACAGGAAACGUUACCAAAGUGGGCCGACCUACUGAAAAACGAACUUUUCGUAGUCCUCGAGGACGGAGAAUCUUUCUCCACUAGAGCAGUUUGUUCUCUGUGCGGAACAACGGUUAGCCUGUUCCAAGCGUUCAGAUAGUGGAGAGCGGUGCAGAGUAAAGAAAGCGAUGAAAAGUAGAGGGUCCCCACUAUCUGAACGCCUGGAACAGGCUAAACAACGGUUAGAAACUGCCCCGGGAAACUGCACGGCGAUGCUUUCGCAAAUUAGAGAAGAACUGAACACGCCAACUGACAAUGAACAAUUAUUGCGAUUGAAGAGAAUGAGUAAAUCCCCUCAUUCCAUUAGCUCUGUAAAUUACUAUCUGUGAGAAUUUAAAAUCCUGCCAAAAACGCUAACGAGCUGGGCCCAGCGUGACAAAUCAUUGCAGGAAAAAGUCACAUUCACGGACACAAAGAAAAUCGCUUAAAAUUAUUCAAAUCGGGGAGGCACUUUGGAGAAAUAAAACAACCUAAAACCCUUAAUCAGCGGCAAUGAAGAGCUUUACAUUUCUAAGGGGGCCAAGAAAGAAAAUGCUCUUGCGUCAGAGGGCAAAUCAUGCCUACCAGAGAAAAUCAAUAUGCGUGUCACGACCUCUCAGUAUGAAAUAUAUUUAAUAAGCGGCCAAAAUUCACAUUUGCUCAGUCAAAACGUUUUCCUCCAAAGCAUAAUCUACUCGACAGAGAAAACAAUUCAUUGGAACAAGCGGCAUGUUUGCAUGAGGUAAAAGUCGUGUGUUUCCUACCGAUCCCGCUUUUUUAGCCACAGAACUUGAAGAACUCUUUGCAUGAACAAACAUCCGAUAAAUAAGGCUUUUGUCAAAUCCUGUUGGUAGAACACAGAAAACAUCCUUCCCCCUGAGUAGCAACUCCAAAGCUUCCCUCUGCUCCGAUUUUAAAACAAAUCCCAAUUCUUGCGAGCAAAUCAGGGCGAUCAACCUCUGUCAUUUUACAGCGAAAGCUUUAGCAAUUCAUCACGGUAUGGAACGAUGUGAAUGACUUGUUGAAAACAUUACUUGACAGCUUGGUGACAGCUUGCAUCGAAAUUUAGCCAAUGGGAAUUGCCCGUGGCUGGGAGAAGCGGGUAAUUCGAACGAAUAUAACGUAUGCAAAACGGACAGUCCGUAUUUUUAGCGUCUCUCCCCAGUCUCGCUCUCUGUUUUCAGCAUCAUUCCAGACCUUUUGUUUGACUGCUCGCGCGUACUUGAAUACGCAAAAAUACGGACUGUUUUGCAGUCUAUUCACAGUGCAGUUUCCAUUUCCUGGAAAACAGGACUUUUACCCACUGUCAUUUUGUGUAACCCCUGAAGACAGAAAUAAAGCAAUGCUGUUCUCAGCAAAAUAACAUUCCAGAUCUGGAUGCUUUGGAGAAAAUAAAUGAAUAAAAUCUUUCUGAAAUUUAGAUUUUGUGGUUCAGUUUUAUCUUUGGUUUAAUUUUUAUUUUCUUUUGUUUUUGGGUAUAUGGUAAUUUAUGAUAAUGAGUUUGAUACAAAAGAAAAUAAGUAUUAAACCAAGGAUUAAAUAGAACCGCAAUGUAUACAUUUAACAGGGAUGAGAUUCCGUAAAAUGUAACAGGAAAUGUCCACCUCAUGCAAGAGCUUCAAGAGCUACAGUACCGCUCAAAAGUAAGUUGACAGUCAAUUGUGUCUCGAUCCUCGAGAUGCGAGACUCCAUUCUCGAAACUUUCAAGGAUUGAUUCUCGCGUCUGGGGGAUCGGGUCUCGAGUUUCGAUGAUAGAGGAUCGAGGAUUGAGUUUUAAAUUUCGAGUCGAGAAAGCGGUGUCUCUAAAAGUGUACACUUACCCUUCAUUCUAAAAAUCACCGUUCCGUGCAUUGGGUGAGACUCGUUCGCUUUCGCGUAAACGAAGCUCAUGCUUUGAAAGCGAAAAUGUUCGGUUCUGGUCUCCUGUUAAUAGUCCUUUUGAAACUUGCUUUUUAGAAGUGAAGGCGCGAUACAUAUUUGUAAUAGCUUUCAAAAAGUAAACAACAACGAAACAACUCAUACUAGAAACGACCAUGUUAAUUUCGCUCGUGCACAGUAUACAGCCGUAAUUCUUUUUCACUUUCCAUCGUUCUUACAUCAGACAUAGCAGUAAAUAGAUCCUCUGUUUGAAAGCGAACAAUAACUAAACGACUCUGUAGAUAAUUGUACUCAAACCAAAUUUUUCGACCAUAAAUCUUCUUUUAUAGUUCCAAAACAAGAUCACAGAUUCACACGCUUCGAUCCGAAAUCUAGAUCUUAUCUAUCUCACAAAUCGACACCACGAGGUCUGUCUGACUGUCAAACUCCGACUCAUGUGACAACUACAGUACUUUUCUGAUUUUUAGCAGAGUGCCCGUGCCAGGCUCGUGCAUUCCUUGUCACUUUCUGUCGUUUGAUCGAAACAAGUUUGGACCUUUUUUUCAAUACUCAAAUGAUCUUGUGUUAAAAUCUCACCACAGCAAACAAAGUUUCUGGUGACAUCAGCUAGAUUUGCAUAAAAGCCAGUUUUAUAAUUCACAGAGUCGCUGAGCCGUGUUUUCAAAUGAACAUGGUGAAUGAAAGGUUACAUAAAUUAUCUGAAAUUGACUAAUGGAAAAUUUAAUAACUCAAAUACUCAUGAAAAAGUCGCUUUUUGUUGCAAAUAAAGUUUUCCGUGAAAUUAUUGUGUGACUAUGUAUAGAUUUGCAUAUUUGCAUACAGUAACAGCAUGACAAACCAUGGUAUCGACUGAAACGCACAGGUGAAAAUUUCGCUUUCUAGAACAAACGUAGUUUCUCAUGACUUUAUCAACAUUAUUUACAUACGCCAAAUGUGCGAAAAGCCACGGAAUCGCCGAGUUUUCAAAUAAAAUUAUUGAGUGAAAGGCUACAUGUCCUAAUAGUCAGGUCAAAUUUGGCACAGAGCUUCCUUAGCACCUACUGAUUAAUACUGGAGGGGGUGCCCGUUACAAAUGAUCCAAAUUACAGAUAAAAGGGGGGGUUAACUUUCACCUAUAAUGGCAGAUUGGGUGCCCUGUGGUGAGUACUCUUCUUGUUUGAUUUGGCUAAAAAACAUUUGUUGCAAAUUUUUAAGUUUUUAAUUUGGUAGUGUUUAGUUGUUGUUACACUAUUCAAAAUAGUUUUACAUGUACAUAAUACUGACUAGUGCCCAGUCUCCACACGGCAAGUGUGGCCAUGUUCAUUGUGCGGACUGUGCGGCUAUCAGUGUCACUGCUAAGACUUGCCAGUGAUAAUAUCAUUGCAUAUCAAUUUAAACAGAUCACAAAGCCAGCUUUCAAAGAUGUCAUACAAUAACAUAAAACGCAAAUGUAUCACAUCCUGAACGACAGAAUCGUUAAAGUUUGACAUGCCACAUGAACGACCUCAUGAACCGUAACUGACAACGCGCCCACUUUGUAAUUGUGCAGCUAAGAUUAGAUUAUAAUUUGCUUCGUUGGUAACCCUAUCCUUGAGAUAAUGAUUAAAACAUGUCAACCUCGUCUUCAGGGGGAAAACGAGGAGCAAGGGUGGCACAGUUGGUUAGUGCGCAGCCAUCGGGGCGAGAGGUCCCGAGUUCGAGCCCGGUGUCAACACCUCCUUAUUUCAACUUCUCUUUUUUCUGUGUAACUUUGACUAGCUUUAAAUACCCUUAAAACGGAGAAUUAAUGGAGAGAGGGGGUAAAAGGGGCGCACCGUUGACCUCAAGUUUAUCACUUGUUAUUACUGUCACGAGUUAUUGACGUAAGAUAUGGUCGCUUUACCUUUUUCUACCUUUUUAUUAAACCCUGGGGACGAGGUUGUAAAACAUGCCUCUCCAGGAAUUUUUAACACUCUUUAUUUUGUGCACAUUUGCAUUUAAGGUCUCGGUAAAGGAAAACGAGGUGCCCACAGAAAAAAAUUCUAGUCGCGCGAGUAUUUUCGCUACAAAGGCAAGUUAUAUAUCAAAUUAAAGCUAAAAGACUAAAUUACCUUAUAAAAGAUUUUAUUUCAUCGAAUUUCAAAAACGCUUAAGUUUUUUGCUCUCGAACUCAGAGGUAUCGAGUUUACUGCUGAAGCUCCAGGCCUUUCGCGUUGUUAAAUAUUCGCUUCCUUUUUAUUGCAUCUGAUUGACAGAUAAAAGACCUAAAAAAGCGUUUGAGGAAAUUUGCAUAUGUCUCGUAUUAGCGGAAUUAUUGCAUUUCAAACUAAAAAGUCGAAUCUCGAGCGCGAUUUAUGCAAAGAAACUGACAUAAAAUGAGUUACAAAGGGAAAUCGGAAAAUUCCUCACACCCUUUUUGAGUCUAUAUCAUUAUCCAUCAUAUCUGAAAGUUUCAAAGCUAUAGCUUAAAACCUGUCCCGACUGGAGGUCGGAGAAUUUUGAUUUUUGCGGCUAAAAUAGAGUGAGAGAAAAUCAGCUCUAAAGAUUUAGCGCGAGGUCCACGCCUGGCUGGUUAGCUCAGAAAAGGCUCAUUUUAGAAGGGUUAAAGAGCACUUUCUGAUUUUCUUUUUCUGCCAAAAUAAAAUUUAGGACUCCCUCAUGCCAAAAAUAAAAAAAACCCAAAAUCAAGCAAUGUACUAAAAUUUUCAUUUACCGAGACCUUAAAAAGAAGUGUAUGAGGUCCCUGCAUGCCUAGACACCUGUACGCGGCUCAUUCGCUUCAGAGCCCUUGGACCAGAGUGUUAAUGGUAGGUCUAUAUGAUCUUUCAAAAAAAAGGAAGGUCGUCGUGUGCGUUACAAUUUACAAACAAACUAACUUCAGAAGAGCUGAAAUUUACAAGAACAAGGCCUCUUUUAGCCAACCAAUGAUGCAUCAUUUAUGAAAAUGAAUGUAAUUUGUUUCAUGCAAUUAGGCGAAUACCCCGUGGUUACGAAAUCUUACGAUCAUGAAUUCCUCAAGCGCAAUUCAGUUACCAACUUUUCACAAAAUAAUGCUGUGGAAAAUUACAUAAAAUACCAAAAAAGCAAGGGUCAACAAUAAUUGUGGCCUGGUCCCUUAUAAUAAUCGAGUGGUCAUGAUAAAAAAGCCCAUCAGCCCCAACUUUGACCACUCAAACAGAUUUUUGACGGAUUACAUACUGCAAAACUUUGCAUUCACUCAUGCCUAUGUUGCCACACCAGGAGCCUAGAAAUAGGCUCCUGGUCACACCUCAUUUUUAUUGCUGAAUAUCAUUCUAAAGAGCUUUACGAAAUAUUUUGUUAGUAGGGGUGUUUUGAACAUGAUUGAUAUUUAGAGAUGGUGACAAAAAUGAACACAGAAAAAGUCACAAAACGAGACGCAUGAAACAACCGCAAUCUAAUAUUCGUUUUACACCGAUAUAAUGGCUUCUUUGGCUGCUAUGCUGACAUUCUUGAAGAUGGCCGGUAGUAUCACAGCUCGUCCCGGGUUAGGUAUACCGUUUAUUACCAGUUUCACGGUUCCUGAGACUUAGGGUUUGUUGACAUAAAGGUGGGGGACCCCAGGUAGGUGAGGUAACCUGAUUAGGUGGGGUAAAAAAUAACCCUUGUUUACAUGCAAUCUUACAACCCCGCCAUCCUGGGGUGCAGUUUCUCAAGAUUAUUGAAUGGUCGCUAAGCAUGUAAACAAGAAAAAUGCUGGCAAACCACGUCUACGCUCAAUUGCUGCUCUUGCUGCAGCCUUCAGUGUUGUGGCUUUCGAAUGUUACCUUUAAUAAUUAUGUGAAGCCACCCAGCGCCAAAGUGAAUUUUGCACGAAUUUGAUGUAUCACGAAUCCGACCCCGACUAGCCUGGGUUUCCUCACCUUGAAACGUUGACAUGGCAAAAUUUGACCUCAGCUGAGAGGCUUACCUGGUGUGGCAGACCGGGCUACCCACCUUGAAGGGUGACCCCACCUGUCAUGUAAACGUGAUCAAAUUAAAAUGAGAGAUUAUAUGGAUAAGCGGGUUACCCCACCUAAGUGGGUUACCAUUCCUACCUGGGGUCCCCCUCCUCCAUGUAAACGGGCCCUAAAAGUUAGCCCGGCCCCCUUUCUACAGUUUCAGCAGUUAAACCAUUCACCAUUUAUCAUUUGAGUCAAUCUUGUACACUUGAGUCUCACUUUUACGACUUGAUAAGCUGUUAUUAUUUUUGGACAUGAGUGUUUCAGUGCCAAAUGUAGAGGCUUCAUGACAAACUGUGCUGUUUUUUGAAGUUUGGGCUAACUUGUUUCCUUUUUACGUUUAUGAGACCAGAUUCUUUUUUGUUUGUUUUUGCUUUGUAAAGCUUAGACAAACUGCGGAAAUUGUAAAUGAUAUGACUUGUGCCACGGUGCUUGCUUCUCUGUCAAAACAAGCACUUGCGUCCAGCAGAUAACUGGAUAAAGAGAGACUGAAAGGCAUCUAGGCCUAUGUUAAGCUGAAAAAUUAAUUACCUCCCUAGGAAAGAACUAUUUUGGGUUCUGUCAUUUAGUUAUUUGCUCUUCAUGAAUAGCUGUCAUAAAUCCUUGAUAAUAUGUGAUACAACAGACUCUUUGACAAUUUCUUUUUUCUGAAAUUUUGUGUGUGAAUCACUAUGCCAUACGCUUUCUUCAGCUUAAAGUGACAUGUAAUGACAAGUAAUACUUGUAAAUAAGGCCUAAGCCACACAAUAAGGCCUUCUCUAAUUGAAAUACAUUAGAAAAGGAGAAGAGACCCCAGAAGCUGAGUACUUGCAAGUUACGAAGCAAAGACGAGGCCAUCUUAGAAAUGACUUAUGAAAAUGUGGGCGGACUGUGGACUUGCUUUAAGGGCACAGUAAUAAUCAACUUAAUUAUACAAUCAAUAAGCAAAAAUGGAUGGGAAUGCCAGAUGUUUGAGUGAAAUUGUUGUUUACAACCUGAGAAUAGAAUUCAGAGUGAUUUAAGGUAUUAAAUAACAAUUUUCAAUCAAAACACCACAGGGACCCCAGCAGGUGAAAUUUGCAAUAAUUAAAUCCUGUUUAGCACGCUUCAGUGGCAUAUUUGCAGUGGGCACCCCCUCUAAUAUUCAUGGUACUGCCAUAAGCUAUCGCUGUGCAAAGUUUGGUGCUUUUGUCAACUCUGUAACGAUCCUGACCCUAAGAGACCUGACUAUAAGCAGCCUUUGCACAAAAGAAGUUGAAGCUUGACAAACAAGCAAAUUUAACAACUCAAAUGUCGUAAUCUUCGUCAAGAUUUGCAUAAAACCGUGACAAGCUUAAUUCUCAGAAUGAAUUACCGAGCUGCACCAUUCAUCUGUGAAAAUCUCGGAACAUGGCGAGCAAAGGCUACAUACACUGUACAUACAGGAUAAAUCUUCGAAAAUGAAAAUAUCAAUUUACACUUAUUGAAAGCUUGCCAAACCCCGACAAUUCAAGCAGUUACAGAACACCGCACCGCAAGCACUGAUUGACGGUGCAAAUAUCUCAACGGCUACGUGACUGUACAACAUCGUUCUUUUGGAAAACCUAGCUUCUUGGAUCCUUGAUCCUCAAUCAUCGAAACUCAAGACUCAAUCCUCGCAUUUCGAGACUCGAUUCUUGCAUCUCGAAACUCGAGGCAUUUGAGCUUCGAGACGCGAGGAUCGAGUUUUGAGCUUCGAGUGUCAACUCAACUUUUGAGCGGUACUUUUGAGCUCGGUGAAGAAAUGAAAAAUGAUGUGAUCAACAUGUCGUGAGCACGGGACAAAGAAAAAUCUGAGUCCCCCGCAGGAAUUGAACCUAUGACCUUCCGUACACUGGUCGGAUGCUCUAACUGCUACAAAGGACUCGUGGCAAGCUGGGCCAUAAUUAUAUUCAAGGUUCAUGUAUGACAUGCGUCCUGCCCAGUUGUACGGAAGGUCGUAGGUUCUCAUCCUGUUGAUGACUCAGAUUUUUCUUUGUCUUGACAUGUUGAUCACAUCAUUUUUCAUGUGAUUUUGUAAUUUAUGAGUAAUUUCUUUGUUAAUGUUAAGUGUAUUAUUGGCAAUAUUAGCAAAAUAUAAUGGACAGCCAUGACACAGCCCCUUUGAGCGAAAGCAUUUUUGAGGGAUGUAUGUCAACUGGAAUUGAGGCCUUUUCUCUUUUAAUAAUAACUUAUGCCCUAGUAGACAGACAUAAAUGUACCAGAGUUACGGUUGUGCACACUGUGAAAACCUUUGAAUUGGGAGAUCAGUGCCCAUUUUCAAGGCCUUGAAAGACCUGUAAACACUAGAAAAUAUGCUCUUGGCGUUGAUCCUUGAAAGCCCUCAAAUUUUCACUGAGCCACAGUUUCACAAUUUCAAAUAUUUGAUAUUAAAAAAAAGCGUAGAUGAAAGUAUGCUGUAAUCAGCAAAAAUGAGAUUCUCUGGGAUCUAGAAUGGAUGCGCUUUUUUUUGUGGAACAUAUUGAACAUGAGCAUUAUGCUGGCUAAAUGACACAUGCUCCAUUUGAACAAUAUUUGUGUUGUUUUUUCAAUUAACAUGUUUAUGUAUAUCAGUUCAUUCAUGUGGUACUGUCUGGUUAAAAAAACGUUGUUACUUAACGCUUAAGCUCCCUAUUAACUAUCAUGCUCUUUGAACAUGUUCAAAUGUGUAUGGCAGUCAAUGACUACAACUUUGUGGUUUUGUUUAUGGUAGUCAUUGUAGUUUUUUUUGUCAGCUGUUUCUCAUUAAAAAGUGGACACUCUGAGCAAGGGCACUCUCAGGAUAGUAUUUGUCCGUCCUGAUAUUGAGAACAAGUGUGCAAAAUAAGAUAAAAAAUUAAUUACAAUCUGUAUUUAAAUACGUGAAGAGCAUCCACAUGACAGCAUAUUUAUCAUUCCUCUAGACCUAAGCGAGAUAUACAUGUAUGAGAGUGAACGUGCAAUUUCUAGAUCAAAGAACUAAUCAUUCUAAGCAUGAACUGGUUGUUUUUGAUUCAGUUCAGUUAGUUCCAAUCACUUUUUAUUGAGCUAUUUAAAUAGCUCAUAAUUUAUGUCAGUGGUCUGAGCAUAAUUAUGUAUCGUUGUGUCUCUGUCUGUUUGGAUGUGUGUUGCAGAGGCCAAUAAGGUUGAAGGUACUAUAAGUUUAUGCUUAGGAGUCAAUGAGAUUUAGGCAUCUAAACUUGACACUGCUAAAGGUCAAACAAGGGCACUUUGAGACGGCCAUCUUGAUUGUUCACAAUUUUUUCAUCUUUUAUUAGAGCUAAAGGUGUUUAGAGGCAUGACAUUUAAAUAUAUUCAUGAUUCAAAUACUGAGAACAGUGAUGUGUGGGUGCUACUUCAAGACAGUUCUGACCUAAUUCGGCUAUCGCGAACGGUGCAACGCACUUAUUUCAUAAUUUAUGAGUUCUGUUUCACCUGCUUCAAGGCAGAGUAUAAAAGAUCAUAAUUAUAUUUUUCAAAGUUCUUCCACUGAAACAAUAAUUGAUAUUUAGAUAUGAACUUUAAUAUUUUGGAAGUAUCAGGGGUGGAUCCAGGAUUUUUUUUAGGAGGGGUGCACUCGUCUCUUGCUCUACUUCAACAACAGUAAACCACAUAGUUUUUUUUUUGCAGAAUACCAGUUGUAUUAGAAAACCGCAGGUCAUCUCGGGGGAGGGGGGGUGCGCAGCCCCUGCACCCUCCCCCUAGAUCCGCCCCUGUUUUGAAAGGAAGCUUCUUUUUUUUUUCGAAGCUGUACCUAGUAAGUAGUAAGAUGCUUAACUUAAGUAGAAACAAUAGCAUUAGGGAGCAUUCAUUUUUUAGAAGGGGGGGUGGGCCGGAGGAAUUCAGGGGAGGGUCAUUAACUUUUUGCCUGCCCAAAAAGGGAGGGUCAGCAUAAAUUUGACACAACAAAGAGGGGGGGUCACUUAUUUUUUUUUAAUAAUUAUUAUACAAGUUUAUACAAACUGAUCUUUGAACCCUUAACGUUACAAAGCUAAUUUGAGACUCAAAUGAACUUUGUGCCACCGAAAUGUAUAAAAGCCCCAGUCGCACCAACUGAAUUGAUUAUUAGAUGACAACAACAACAACAACAACAAUUUUUAAUAUCUGAAAGAAACUGUUAAAGAGAAGUUUGGUUAACACAGACUGGUUGUUAAAAUAAUGUCACAGUUCCAUGUCUGUCACUGAUCAGUGUGAGAGUCACUUAGGCUCUCACUAUCAGAUAAGGCCAAGGAUGGUGGUAAGGAAUCAGAAAAUGUAGGCCUUAGCAGCUUCUGAGAAUCGGUUGUCUGACUUGAGUGUCUCAUGCAAAACCUUUGCCUCCCUUCUUGAUAAGCUUACUAAUGCUGCAAUGAAAAUGUCUUCCACCCCAAUAGUUAUAUCAACGUUGUCAUGGUUGACCCUUGGUAAAACCUUUUCCAGAACUCUUGUUUUUGCAUUCUCCAUCCUGGGUAACUUUCGUUUGAUACCAUUCCUUUUGUUUUGCUUCCUCUUUCGAGCUUUGGAGGUAGAUGGCUUGAAGACCAAGCCCUUGGAUGUGCUCUAGUAACUCCUUUAGCUUUUCAUCAACCUGAGCCAUAAAUGCUCAAGCGUUUUGACCUAGCUCAUUAAGCUUGUUCACUGUAGCAGAAUUUAAGUCAGGGUGAAUAGAUUUCCCAGGAGAAAGGCACCUACCACUCUUAUCAAAAAGGCCUUGAUCCAUGGCUACCACUUUGUUUUUGAGCUUCUUUACUUCAGUUUUCAAGCUAGUGAGCUGAUCCAAAUGUUUAGACAAAACAGCAAAAUCACUGGCUCUUGGAAUAUAUGAAGUGGUAAAAUACUUUCCACAUGCAGCUGGAUUGUCUCCUUUUUUGAAAUCCAGUUUCUGUUGCAGUGUCCCCACCUUUCUGUUGGUUUCAUAUUGUCGGCUUCUCUCUGUCAUGAACUGGUUUCUGAAAUAGCUAUCUGAAUUGCAAUAAGGCCAGACUGCCUUAUAAAACCUGGGUAGAAGUUCCAUAUAUGCUAUUGAUCUUUCACCUUUUGGAGAGGGAAUAUAGCCCAGUAAUUUCUUUUUCUAUGGUUUUCCAAGGGCUUUGUCGAUCCAAGAUAAAAAACUUUGGCUAGCUUUGGGUUUAUCCCCAACUGCAGUGUUAUUACUUUUCCCCUGCUUUUUGACGAAAAGCGUCAGGCAAAGAAAGAUGAAGAAACAAAAGGUUACGGUGACUAUAACUGGGAGGAACUCUACAAAUCGGAAACCUUAAAAAGCUGAAGGUUGCUGAGCUCAAUAAAUAUAUUUUUCGCCACAACUUAUCAAGGAGAAAAAUGUCCAAAUCAGAAAAACUUAACCUUCUGUCAGCUCACAUCAGCAAAGGUUUAUGUGAAAGGAUCUUGACAUUGAGUGCUGCUGAAACUGCACUAGCAACGGAAGACUCGGAUACCCAGUCAGAAGAUGAUGAUGUCAGUGUCAGCGAGGACUCAGAAAGUGAAGAUGAACUACUACUGGAAUUUGGGGAUGCAAGCAACUCAGACGAAAAUGAUUCAAAGGACAGCGAAAGUGAAGAGGAAGAUGAGUUGCCUGAAGGGGCCAGGGUAAACCGUUAUGGCAGAAAAGUAGGCAAUUGGCGGUUGCGUUAUUAUAGCUAACAGGUGCGUCUGUGUGAAGGACCACGGGAUCGUUGCACAAUCCAGCCACAAACCAUGUUUGCCAGGAGGAAGGGGUGGGUCACUAUAAAUUUUACUGCUUCCUGGGGAGGGUCACAUUUUUUAACAAAAAAUAUAAAGGGAGGGCUGGGAGAUUUUACAUUCAUGCUCAUAGGGAUUCCUCCGGCCCACCCUCCCUUCUAAAAAAUGAAUGCUCCCUUAGGGGAUAAAAUUAGAGAAAGCUAGUUGACAAAAAAAUUAGAUAUUGUUUUAUUUGAUAAUUUUCUUGAAAGUAAAUAUUAAAAUGUAGGUUAUCAACCUUAACAUUGCGUGUAACAUAAUUUAAUUGCAGAUGUUGUUAAGCCGAUUUGAUUUCUUAAAAUGGUUUGAGCAGUUUUCUAGUGAACAAUUUACUUUCUUUUAGGUACGAAUUGUAAAAGAGACAAAGUCCAACAUGAUCUUCACGUGCAAAUUGUGUGCAGAAGUUAUUUUUAUAAUGCUGCUUACUAAAUUAUUGUGUGAUAAUUCGAAUUCCCUCAUGUACAAAGCACACAAGGGUGAAAGUCUAACACUUUCUCGUGCUAGCUGUGUGACUGUACAUCUCCUGCAGACUGGUUUUUCACAGUAAUAAUAGUAACUUGACCAUAUGAAGACCUCUUUAGUUCUGUAACUAGUGCCUUACAUGUAUGUAAAGGCUCUUUUCUUUUAAGAAGCAAUAACUUAUACCUGUAGAAUCAAGUCAUCAGAGUUAUAGACUUUUUCAUUAAGUAGAAUAGCUUGUGACAACCUCAGGAAUAAUGAUGAUGCAACCAUCUACAACUAUGAUGAAAAUCAAGACAUUUCUUAGCUAUUCGGUAUUCAACAAGCUUCAUUAUCUUAAGAAACCAUGAAGAGACCUUGAAACCUUCAAGUCUUCCCUCUAAGCAAUGUUUGGUGAGUUGAUAUUCAUAUAAGUACUUAAACAAUUUGUUUAUUUUCAUCAGAUGUCUGAAGGAAAGACAAAGAAAAGUAUGAAUCUUUAGUAUGAGGAUCGACUCGACUGUGCACAACGUUUCGUGUUUUCAUUAAUGUACAGCAAUACCCAAUUAUGCAUGAAAAAUAGUCUAAAUUUAGAAUUAAAACAGUAGAUUGUUUAUUCAGUUACACUAAAGCAUUCAAAAUAGCUCUUUGUGUUACUUCUGGUUUGUUAAAAAUCCUGAAAAGUUGCAUUGAUAAUUUAUAAAGUGAAGCAAUUAUAUGGCAGGGUGAAGAUGAGCUUUCUAAAAUUAUGCACGCAGCAGUACUGAUUUAUGGAUCAAAAUGUAACAGUUCAUGUUUAAAAGUGCAACAUUGCUUAAUAAGAGCCAAUGUCGGAAAAUCUCCAGAAUCUCAAAUCAGUUCUAAAAAUUUGAAUUUUAGCUAAUACCACCCAAACAACCCUUUAGGUGAGCUAUUUCAAGAAAUGAUAUUAAGAAAUCCUCAAGCACUUUACGUUUUGAGAAAUUUGGAAAAGUUCAAAAAUUUGAUAUUUGCGAAAUUGCUGCACGUGCAUUUAUCAGUUACCUAAAGCUUGCUUUGCUAAGACUGCAUAAAAAUGUCUCGCAAAAUGACUUUUGUAAUAUAGUUCUGGGCUUUCAUUGUUUGCACCUUGAUUGUGUGCUGUGUUGGCGGUCGAAAUAAUGCCCAACUUUAACCGCAAAGUCGAUUCUGGUAUGUCUCAAAUUUAAAAUAUGAUUAUACUAUAUGAAAGAGCUGUUUUUCAUUUAACUAGACCUGAAGUUUCAGCUCUGCGAAUUUGAACGCUUGCGAAAUAUAAAAUUUUAAAUAUAGCCCCUCGGGCCACCAUAAGGGACAAGAAAGUGAAAUGUAAACAAAGCAGAAACCAUUUAAACAAAGGACAAAAUCACACCAGAGUUAUUUCUAGCCCACCAAAGUGCAAGGAAAUGUUGGAAAUUUCGGUAUCUAAAUAGGUAUUACUAUCUGAAAAGCUAAAAAGGCGAAAUUGGCCGUCGCAAAAUAUAAAAAAAAAAAACCCUGAAAUAUGAGCAACUGAGAAUCGUGUCAGGUAUGUGACAUUAAUUCUGAACUCUGAAGUAAGAAUGCUUCCGACUGGUCAAGUCCAAAAGGCUUCAAGAACUGUUUUCGAAAUGCCCCAAUAAACUAUCGACAAACUAUGCCAGUUGAAAGAUUUACUUUAGUAAAAAUAAAUAUAACAAGAAGUCAGAAUCAUGAUUACAAAUGACACUUCUACAAAAUGAGUUUGCUCGUGAUGCAAGGCUCUGCAGUUCACCUUCAUAACAUGACUUAAACACUGGCAGAUAACUGAAAUUUCAACAUUCCGCUGAUUUGUAUAUAGGUUGCGGCUUAAAGUUGGUUCCAAAAGAGACGUGUAACUUGGUGUCAUGUUACGUGUAUGGUAAUUUGUAUACAUUACCCUGGAGCCACUUCAAGCGAUCUUCCACAGGGUACACAUGACACAUGCUUUCACCUGUAGCUCUGAAGGUGUGUGAAAAAAUGUUUUCACACACAAUGUUUUAUGUUGUGUUUAUGUCACUAUGGCCCCGCUCUAUUAGGAUUUUGAUUUCAAACUGACCUCGGCGGGGCGGGCGGGGUAGACCUUUUCUUAGCAUGGUCACACAUUGGUCACGCUCUACGUCCAGUUUUUAUGCUCUGAUUGGUCAAAAUUUGACAGGCGAGUUCAUGCGGAAACUUUAUGCAACAUCUUGAAAGUUGUUUUCUUUGACAGCUGAAGCUGACAGAGUUUUGUGUCAACUUCUGAUCUUUUUAACUGUCUUUUUCCUCUGGAUGUACAAAAUGAAAUACAGCUGCUAUCAAGAGUCUUCUGUUAUUCAUGGCUGGUUUGUUUACUGGGUUUUUGGUUGAGAAAAGCGUUGCUUGUCAAAAUUCGGUAAUUCGAUUUCGGAUGAGAUCAUUUUCGUUUUUCACCUUGCUUUAUGCAUAAGAGGGUUUAAAAGUCUCAAGCAACUGUGAUAGCUUUCAGGAACUGAAUCUUGAAUGGUAAUUAGCCUGAGUAAUUAUUGUAUUUCAUGUUUGUUUUUGUUAUAUCUAAUUUCAUGAAGCACAGUUUAUGCGGCAAGUUUAUGCACAUUUGUAGGGUUUGAGUCAAUGAUCUGACCUAGUAUCAGGUUUGAUAUAAGCUUACAGAACUUUAAAAAGCCUUCAGAUAUAUUUUCACACUGCAAAUAGAGAGAAAAUGUUCCAAAGAGUAUUUAGUUAUAAAUUUGGCUGUAGAAAGAAAACUUUGAGUGAUUUUCUUGCUUCAAGGAGUUCGUGCAGUAAACACUGCGCCGAGAAGCCGGCUUAAAACAUGACUUAAGCUUUACGCUUAAAGACUCAGGAUUUGUAGAGACACUGUAAUACUUGUCUUCGUGAAUGAAGAUUGUUGUCUUGGUAAAUGUUUCACCGAAUUUUAUUUCUUUUAUUGAUUGUUAGUAGUCUUUCUUGCAAUUUUAAUUGCAUGUCUGUGCUGUUUUUUCUCAUCGUUCAUGAACAUCGCUUGCAGGAGUACUCAAAAAUGUUGCGCGUAUGAAACGCUUUAUAAGAUUACACAUCGUUAUAACUGAAACCAUUAAAUAACAAAUAAUAAUAAUAAUAAUAAAUUCGUUAUUAUGUUGAAGCGUAACUCUGUUGAAGUUCAUUCAAACACUCGACCACACUGACAGCUCGCACUAUAGAAAUGAGAACCAGCUGGCUGUUUGGGUGAUUUUGGAAAUUUUUUCAACGGUUUCGCUUAAAGCCAACGAUUGUUCGUCCUAAAUAUUACUGAGUGUAAUUUGUCUUGAAAAAUUGUGAAAUACGGCAUUCUGUCUGAGGUCUAUAUGAUAAAUAGUACUGUUUCACCUCAGAAUUAUAAAAGGUUGGUUUACACACCCCCAGAUUUGUUGGCAAGAAUUUGUAUAGUAAACCUGUCGAACGCAAAAAAAUUUGGCCUGAUUUGUUUUCCGAGAAUUUGUUUUCGAGGCCUAAUCUACAUAUAUACUGUGAUCUUGAAUGUGAUCGAAAAUGUUUGCUAUUUUUUGGGUGUACAUAUAAGGCUAUCAAUUCGAUGUAAGAUGUUUCACUCUUACAUGACUUAGCUUUUCCCUCAAAAGUCACAUGAAUGUGCCCUUAAGUUAACUGACUUGUGGAUUACAAGUUUAUUGUUCGAUUUGAGUAAAUUAUAAAUUUAUUAAUUGGAGCUUCGCUUUUAGCCCUGGCUAAAUCUAUAUAUUAAGGGGGUGGAAAGUCACUGUCCUGGUGAGUGUACUCUUCAGGAAGCCUGCUGUUGACAGUGACUGACAUUUCAAUAGCCUGUGCAGUAGUUAAUGUAUUAAUAUAGUGCAUGUACUUUGUUAAGGUUUAUGAGCGUGUACUUUAAUAAAGUCCAUAACUUGCUGCUGUGUCUAUUUUUAUAUGUUUUUGUUUUCUCUUUGUUCCUGAUUUCUUAUUUUGUUUUGUCCAUUUGAAGUGCAGGUAAUUAUUGUGUUCAUUACGGUCAUCUUUCAGGCUCAGCAACAGGCCGCUCAGCAUUCUACCCAACAAGUAAGUAAUUAAAAAAAGGUUUCUAUCACUGUGACUUUCAAUUUGUUAAUUUUCUUUUUGAAGUUCUGAGUUUUCAAACAGUGAUUAAAAGCAUGAUGAGGUUUCCUAGUGACUACUGUAAAUCUUUGUCCUGUUAAUUGAAAAUACAUGGUGUUAUUGUUAUUCAUUUGUUACAGUUGUCAUUGUGUACGGCUCACGCAAGGGCAUGAAAUGAAUAUUUCAGAAGUAGAAAGAUGAUGUAAAUGUAAGAGUCGUUGGCAUUAACACCUUAAAAACCUUUGAAUUGGGAGAUCGGUACCCAUUUUCAAGGUCUUGAAAGAGCCGUAGACACUAGAAAAUAUGCUAUUUGCUUUGGUCUUUGAAAACCGUCAAAUUUUUACUGAGCCACAGUAUCACAGUAUCAAAUAUUUGUUAGUUUAAAAAGCAAAAAAUAAUUUGAAGUAUGCUGUAAUCAGCAAAAAUGAGAUUCUCUGGGAUCUAGAAUGGUUGCCAAUGCUCAUUUUGGUGGAACAGAAUGAAUGUGAACAUUAUGCUGGCUAGAUGAACAAAAUGUAUAUGACACAUGCUCCAUUUGCUCCAUGUUUAUGUACAUCACUUCAUUCAUGUGUUGCUGUCUGGUCUUUGUUUUGAAAGUCUGUUUGCUUACUAGUAGACAGGAACACAUAAAAUAAUAUAAUUUUGUCAUUUCACUCACUACCGUGCAAUGUUGAUCAAUCACCAGUAUUCAAUAGCAAAUUAAAUUCAUACCCUUUCAGUGAUUUUGAUAUAUUAGCAACUGAUUUCAAAUACUUGCUGUCUUUUUUCCCGCAAUAUUGAAUUGAGAGCUUUUUUCUCUCAUGCCUUGACCAGUGUAUGAAGGUGACAAGUCAGUGAUGUUUUUUUUUUUUGGAGGUACAGGGCCUCUUGGAAAAGGCGGGUAAUUAUAAAAGUUUGAAAAGCAGCUCACAAAGCAUGAUAUCAUUCCGUCUCUGUGAUCACCCAGGCUAAAGAAAUUCUUACUUGCUUACUUACUUUUACUUACCGGUACUUCCUCCUUUUAAUUUUCCCUAACAGCUAGAUAGUUUUUCCACUUUUUUUUUUGUGAGUUUGUAAGUGCUUAUUUUGGCCCUUUCUGGCAACCGGCAUUAUUUUGGAGGUGACCACCACUGCUAAAAUGGAAUAUUUUGUAGUCAAGUUGCUACGAAAAAUGUUACUGUCAUGUCUGUUGUCACAACAGGAAAAGGCAAAUUAAAGGCGUCCCAGGGUGGCUUUACAUUUAUAUGUUUUGGGUUCAACAUAAUUUCAUAUUUUCAUCAGUCCCCUUCAAGUACACCUUCAUCGACUCAAAGAAGUUCACAGUCAAGCCAAAAUACAUCUCCAUCAAGCCACGGGUUAGCAGGUAUAGAUGGACUCGGAGGUCUUGGCAUGUUUGGCAACUCAGGAAACCUUCAGCAAAUGUCUCAACAGGUUUGUUCUUAAAUCAAAAUCUAAUAAAACUCAAUUGCAUUAUAACCUUAACUAACUACACAUUAAUUACAGAGGAUUUUUUAGUUGAAAAGCAUAAAAGUUGUCACAGCCCAGAACAGACUGGAUAGUGUCACCAAGGUCGUCUCACCAUGUGUAUGGAUAUGUUGCCACUGUAAAGUGAUGUUGAUCUCCUGAAGUUCUAGAAAAAACUUUUUUUUUAAAUUUCAGCUGAUGUCAAACCCAGACAUGCUGAGACAAAUGAUGGACAAUCCCAUGGUUCAGGUAAUGUAGGAGUUACUGUAAAACUUUGUUGGAGACUGCAAACAGGUGCCAAUGUGUUUCUCAUGUUGUACAUUGCAUACCAUUUGCCUGUCUGAGUGACUACUAUGCAGGACCAAGAGAACCCUCAGGAGACAACUUGAUUCUUGUUUAGCACAUGCUUAAAAUUAUUUAGUUACUGCAAAAGGCAAUAACCUAAAAUGAGCUACAUUCAUGCUAUCUAAAAUAAAACGAUAAAAAAUGAGAACAUUGGUGUCCCAAAUGAAAUCCAGCCAUGUUGAAAACCACCCAACUGAGUGUCUGGUGUUGGUUAAAGGUGAGACUUGAAUCUUUUUUUCCUUGCCUAUUGGUCUAUUCCUUUGGUACCCAGCAUUUAGAAAUGGUUACAGAUAGGUCAAAGCAAAAGAAAGAUCCAAUUUAUUACAGUUAACUUUCUGUCAUUUUUUUUUCUUCCAAAUGUGGUUCUAGCAAGUGAAAGUCCUAGAUGUGACUGGAUCUGGGUUGCGGGGAAUAAAAAUUGAUGUAAAUGUAUUGGAAACUAGUAUCAGCUAUAUAAGUCAGAUCACAGCAGUUGUUUACGUGUAGGUGCAUGAUAAUGACACAAGGCCUGUUGGCUGUGCUAGAAAUUUAGGUGUCUGGUUCAAUGAAAAAAUGUCCAUGUCACAUAUCGCCAAGGCAUGCAGUAGUGUGUUCUUUCAUUUACAUAACAUCAGAAGUCCUAAGAAAUAUCUAUCUGUGGAUAGUCUACAAACAAUUGAACAUGCCCUUAAUCUUAUUACCACUCAACUUGACUAUUAUAAUAGACCAAAAUAUGUGCAAAUCUCCAAAUUACAGCAUGUCCAAGAUGCCACUGCUAGACUAAUAAUUAUGUCCAUAAUCAUUAUGGACAUACCUAAUAUAAGUUCUCACACAUAUGCCAGCUCUCUAUGAACUUCAUUUGGCUUCACCUGUUGUAUCAAGUUUAUCUUGUCUUAGUGAUUUGAUACAGGUUAAGCAUAAGAGAUUAUAUGCAUUAUGCUCGAACAAUAGCCUAUUAUUAGAAGUCUGGCCUUAGUGAUCACGGCAUGUUUAUCACAGUGAGGAAAAUUAGUGCGUGCAAACUACCACCAAGGACAGUUGAAUGCGGGAAUUAUGCAAAGUACAAUCCUUCGGCUUUCUGUGAUGAUGUAAGAGAUAUCCCGUGGGAUGAUGUUCUGAAAGAAAGAAAUGUAAACACUGCCUAUACUUACUACUUGUAGUAUGUAUAUAUUAGUUUUUUUGUUUUUUGUUUUGCGAGCUAAAGUGCCACGACACUUGAAUAAAGUUUAUUAUUAUUUUUAUCAUUAUUAUUAACUGGAAAGAGCUUUUUUUGAAUGUUUGUGAUUGACACGUACCUUAUUAGUGAAAGAUAGUACCAGGAGUGAAGUGUCCAUGGCUCUCUGGUGAAACUAAAAAGCUUAUGAAUCAAAGGGACUUUUUCCUACAAAAAGCUAGAAGGUCUGUAGCUGAGGUGGACUGGAAUGCUUAUCGCUGACUACAAAAUCAAGUGUCAAAUAAAAUCAGGAAUGAAAAACGUCGCUAUAAUAGGAAUGAAAUUCAGGAAAAUCUAGAUAGGCCCAAAGCCUUGUGGAAAACAAUUAAGAACGUUUUUCCAAGCAAGAAAGCAAUUCCAGAAUCUAUCAAGACCGAGGAGGGACAUACAAUUACUGAUCAGUCAACUAUUGCCAAGGAGUUUAAUAAUUUCUUUACAAAUGCCUUCGCUAAGCUUGUGGAAACCGCUCAAGAGCCCAUGGGCACUCGCAAGUUUUCCGGUGACAACUUUAAGGAUCAGAUAUUGUGUCUAUUACCAGCAACGGAGAGUUUUGUAUUUAAACAAUUGAAAGGCUUAAAGGUGAAGAAAGCUACGGGCUUGGAUAGAAUCCCUGCUUGCUUGCUGAAAGACAGUGCUGCUGUUAUCACCCAGACAAUCACUUUCUUUGACCACACUCUCUUUGACCACAGGCAUUGUACCAGAUAAGUGGAAGCAGGCAGGAGUUGUUCCUCUACACAAAUCAGGUGGACGGAAAGUUAUGGACAAUUACCGGCCUAUCUCGAUCCUACCUCUUAUCUCAAAAAUUGCUGAAAAAGCGGUCAAUGUUCAACUUCAAUGUCUUUACAUCAACAUGGCAUAUUAAAUUCGUUUCAGUCGGGGUUUAGACAACACCAUUCGACCUAUACAGCGGUUACAUAUUUCUGUGACAUUAGAAGAAGCACAGGUGCAGGAAAACUAACCGGGGCCUUAUUUAUCGUUCUAAAAAAGGCCUUUGGUACUGUCCCCUGCAGAUGCGGGAAAACUAACCAGGGCCUUAUUUAUCGAUCUAAAAAAGGUCUUUGAUACUUUCCCCUACGAUGACCUCAUUUGCAAGCUCAGAAGAUUUGGCUUGGAGGAAAACUCUCUCACAUGGUUAACGAGCUACCUAACUUAUGGAACUCAUGCUGUUUGUGUCAGACAUGAACUAUCCAGUCCAGUGCCUGUCCUUAGUGGCAUACCGCAAGGCAGCAUCCUUGGCCGUGUACCGUUCACCCUUUAUAUAAACGAUCUACCAUCCUGUAUCCAACAUCAUGAUAACACAGUGAUCUAUCUGUCAUCCACAUCCACCUUGGACAUUGAACUUAAGUUGAACCUUGAUCUCGCUAAUUUGUUGUGUUUUUUGCACACUCUGAUUGGCUAUUCAAUCAGUGAAUAUCCUGCACUAUUCACUGAUUCACCUCCAGUUCUUCUGAGCGAGCGACGCCAAACUCACGUAACUUGCGAGCAAAUAAAAAUUAAUGCCUUCCUUGUUUGCUGCCGUAACAAACAAAGAAAUUUGACAACUAAUCAAGCAAACGGUUCCCGAAAUACACGAAGAAGGUUACGAAGUUCGGUUUAGAAGUUUUAACCGGUAAAACUUUGUCUUUUUGACUCUAAUUUAUCAAUAAAACUGGUGAAAAAGUUUUUUGUUUACAAAUGCAAAUUAAGCUUAAGUCUUCUCGCAUUCUGUGAGUGCGGAUAUUUCCACUUGGUCGAGAGGUUCCCGAGGGAAAAUAUUUACCAUGCAGGGCGAGAAAACUGUCAAUUAAUAGUACAUGGACAAUGCAGUGAAGGUCUUAUAUUACUCCACUAGCUUCUGAAACCACUAAAUUGUAUACAAUUGAAGUUCAGGUCUCAGAGGUCACUUCAAUCUUGUUUAAUGGGACUAUGUGGCUGUAAUCUUUAAGAAAAGUUGGGGUGUUCAAACGGUAUUCAUGAUGGAAAGAAUUGACAUCAGAUACGCAUUAACAGAAGUGGCAAGAGACAAAAGAUUUGUUGAAUCGUUGCAAUGAAGAUCAGAGUAAACAUUCUUUGCUCAGGAGAACUUGGCGGCUUGUGUUGUCGAUGGAAUGCAUACCAUCAAAACUUGGACAUGAUUGAUGAAAUGAAACACUUACCAGGGACAUGAAUCUGAAAAAACCUUUCACUGUUGUAUUAUUUGCCGUUUGGAGUUAACCUGAGGUCUGUUGUUUAUGUCUUGUUACUGCAGUAGAAAACUUGUCGGUACAGUUUGUGUUCUGAAGUUUAGGUCCACUUAGUAAGACAUGUCUGCUCUAAAAACGCUUGCACUGCUUAAGGACUCUCCACUUGAUGGUGAAAGAUUUGUUUUUGUCAUUGAGUGUACUUGUCCAAAUGUGCUCCGAGUUGAUCCGAGUCCAUUUUUAUUUUAUUUUUAUUUUUUCAUUCGAUCCGAGUUGGUCCGAGUCGAUCCGAGUUGAUCCGACCCGGACUGGCGGUCCGAGUUGAUCCGGUCCGACUUUUGUAUCUGCCUCUUAAAAUUUGUGGCAAGGCCCACGUAUGAGUCUGAUGAUGUUUGUGUUGUGACUGUGGCUUGGUAAACAACAUUUUGUGUGAGGCAUUUACCAUUUACCGUGUCGUUUACCAAGCCACAGUCACAACACAAACAUCAUCAGACUCAUAUGUGGGCCUCGCCACAAAUUUUAAGGAACGCUACAGGAAUCAUACAGCAUCCUUUCGACGCAAAAGCAAGAUGAACGAAACUGAACUAUCUAAACACAUUUGGACACUCAAUGACAACAACAAACCUUUCACCAUCAAGUGGAGAGUCCUUAAGCAGUGCAAACCUUAUAACAGUAUUAGCAACAAAUGUAAUUUAUGCCUAUUUGAGAAAUAUGUAAUCAUCUGUAAGAAGAAUUGGUGCUGUCUAAACAAGUGUAAUGAACUAGCAAGCUCAUGCCCACACAGAACCAGAUACCUACUCAAGAACUUUGUUAUCAAGUAACACAAUCUUUUUGCAACACACGAUUUAUUUUAUCACCUUAUCACGCCUUUCAUCACCAGUACUAAAUGUCACGUAGCAUCUAUUUUUUACUGUUUUUAUAUCUCAUAGCAACCAUAACGUCGCUUUUACUAUAGCAACUGUUUGUAAAUACCAUAGCAACUCCAAGUUAGCUUUUAUUGCCAGUUCUUGUAAUUUAACGGUCAUUCGUGAAUAUUGCCUGAUGAUGAGUGUGGCCAUUCUUUGACCACACGAAACAGCGUUGUCGCAAUAAAACAAUGAAUUGAAAUCUUACUACCAUUGAUUAUUAUAGUCACUGCUCCUCCCAGAGUUGAGCGCUGUCCAAAAUUUAUCCUAUUCAAGUUUAAGAAGUAUAUAUAUAUAUUUAUUUAUUAUAUAAACUGCAGUGUUUUACAAGGAUUUCUACCACCGAGAAAUGUGGUAUCUGAACACACGUAAAAAUACGACAUUUUUACAUGGCAUAUAUACAAGUCUCAUGGCAAGAGCAAUAUCUCACUCGUUCGCUGCGCUUACUCGUGAGAUAUUGUUCUUGCCACUCGAACAUAAAAUUCAUAUCUUCUCGCCACUGUGUAAUAUUCUCUCUCUCUCUCUCUCUCUCUCUCUCUCUCUAUAUAUAUAUAUAUAAUGAUCAAUAGUAGUAAGAUUUCAAUUCAUCGUAUUAUUGCAACAACAUAUAUAUAUAUAUAUUUUAUCAACAACAAAUUAACAACAUUAAUACACAGCAGAAAGUAAAAUAAUAAAUAAGUAAAUAAAUAUGUCAGUAAGUAUAACAAACCAAAUUACAAUAAAAACAAAAAGUAUUGUAAAAUUAAAAAAAAAAACCUGUCAGUUGCCACACAUAUUCAGUAUUGUUUGCCACAAUUUUCAUUGUGAUAUUGUUCAAAAGGCUUGCGUAAAAAAUCCUCUAAAUUAGGUUUCAUUACAAUGUUCUUGCAAGUAUACAAGUAUUUCUUUUGCAGUAAAACCAAUAGACGAAGUUUGCUUUGCGUUGAAAUUGGCAUUUGCAUUUGAAGAGGCCUUCCAAGGGGUAAAAGCGACAUGCGACACGGCCCUGAAAACUGGCGACAUGGGAAUUUUUAAAAAGCAAGAAGUGACAUGCCUACGCUGCUAAAAUGCGACAGCGACAUACUAAACAGUGAAAAACGACGGUGACGUUGGAAAGUUGUGCAUUUUAUCAAUAAAAGUGACUCAGAAUACAGGAAAUUGCAUUUCUGAGGGUUCAGAUUUUCCAAAUUUUCCCGCAGGAGCCUACCCUUAAAGAACAAGAAGAAGCGUUCAUCCUUCGCCGCUCACAAAGUUUUGCCAACUGACCACCAUGAAAAUCCUGUUAUAGCCCUGUUGCAAAACAGUUUCUCGCAAAACAAAAAUUACUGGUACAGUUAUGUACACUUCAAAAAACGACAGCGACAUUUGCAGCUGUAGAUUAGGCGACAACGGUCUCCUAAAGCAAGCGACAUUGCGACACAGCUACCCCCCUUGGAAGGCCUCUUGGAAGGGAGUCAUCAAACGUGUUAAAUAAAAUUUGCUUGUUUGAAAGUUGUACAAUUCUCUUUAUGAUAUUUAUUAAACCACCUUAAAGUUUUGGAAAAGAAUUCAUUUGACUCUUGACAAUAUAAAAAGGUGUCUUCAAUUGAAUCUGGAUUAAGGCCGAAAGGACAUUUAUCAUCCGAGGCUAACUUAUUUCAGUAGUUCUUUCUUUGUCGUGAUUAUUCUGUUCACAACCUUAAAAGUGAAUUGUCUAAGCUUAUUAUCUUUUGAGGACUUGUAUAUAUGCACAAAACAAUCACCCCAAUCAGGAAGUUCUGAAAAGCUUUUUUUCCAAACCCUUACUGCGGAGGGUUCUGAAACAAGUUUCUCAAUAUAACAUAAAUUCCUCACGUGUUAUACUAUCUAAUAUAUAGCCAACAUGCUAAAUAACCUUCCUUAAGGUUGCUACUUUUUGAAGUUGCCCUCAGUGCCGAAGUUUCUCUUGUGGUUUUCAUUGCGGUAAAUUAAACAAACUCCUGUGUAGCUAUAGAGAUACUGUCUGUUCUCCGCUUGUGACCGUUCAACACUGCGAGGUCACCCAUCCUGGAUGGAAACCACGUCUUCAGAUUCCGUGCACUGAGAUGAAAAUGAACACUCACCAGCUGCACUGGUUGCAGGAUUUACAGCAGGCAGCUUACUGAUAGUUUGGACUUCCUGAAUGAGCUUCUUUUCUGGUUCUGGAGACUUUGACACCGCCAACAGGAUUCCGUGAAAACAUGAUAUCUUCUCCUUUAACAUAACUUCCAAAAUACUUAGUUGCAUGCCUAGGUAGCGCCCCUGUAUCAACAUCUUUGUUGCAUGAUGCGUCAAGAAACAUGAACUCUGCCUCAUAGUCAUCACCAUUAGCAGCUUUAACCUAAAGGGUCUCCAUCUGGGCAUAGGAGCUGACGCUUUCCUGAUUAAAGCGCUGAUCGAUAGCACUGAUGAUAAGAUCAAUAGCCUCACAACAGACCCUUCUAAAUUGAUCCUUCGCGGUUUGGGGGUAGCUUGGUCCAGUCUGGUCAAAGUGCAUCGCUAUCUUGGAAACGUUGGUUCACCAAUGCAAGCAAGCCUUCACUCUUGCGGGAAACAUUAGCAUAGUAAUGGUCGAAGCUCUGAUCACUAGUGGGCAUUUUUGUGAGCAUCUCCUUUGUUAGAUUUGCCAGGCGCUGUCCACUGACCAAGAUGCAAACUAAAGAAAAAGUCAAAUCGUUCCAUUCAGGCCUUACCGUACAUCCUAUUAUCCUUGCACGCAGAUCGGGUUGUAAUCUUUCGGACAAGAAAACAUCCCACUCUUCCAUAACAACAGCAUAGUUCUCAAGAAUUUGUCAAAAACAACCGGCUCUAAUCAUCCACCUUUUAGGGCAAAUUCCAUUUAAUUUUUUAGAAUUAUUUCCAUGUCAACUGGAGCAGCGUGCCAGGGCUAGUGGAUUUUGCAAUCGGGCUAGUGAAUCAUGUUCUUAACUUGCCCAAAGGGCAAUUGAAGUUUUUGGGGAAAUUCAAAUUACAGAAGAACCUUAAUCAAUGCUGCUCAUCAAAAUUUUUUGAGGGCUACUUAAAAGACUCUUGGGCUAGUACGUAACUAGCAACAACUUGCCCAAAUGGCAAGCCGUAAACCUGACUUUCUUUGCACCCUGGUGGAGCUCUAGAUAAUAAAUCCUAGCAAAAAAGUGGUAGGGCCAUAGCCCUACCAGCCCCUCCCCCUCCGCAGUCACUGUGUACUAAAACUAAUAGUCCGUUCUCUCCCCCAUUAAGCAUUGUAACUUGGCCUUUUGUGACUAGUUGUAGUGUGGCCCUAAUUGAAAAGGGCUUGUUUUCUCUUAUUGCAGAGCAUGAUGUCCAAUCCUGAUCUAAUCAGACAAAUAUUUCUAAGUAACCCACAGAUGCAGCAACUUAUAGAGGUAUCAUGAUUGUGAACACAAAUGUUAAGAAAAUAAGACUGAGGAUUAUUAUUGUGAUUGAAAAAAUUACAAAUUAAAUAAGAUGGAGAGACAUAAACAGAUCUCUUAAGUUUAAAAACUUAUUACUUUGACAACUUAUAUUUAUUAAUCAAAAAUACUUUCACUUAUGCUUGCCCCAGUCUGAGAUGGGAAGUUUUUCCUCAUGAAAAUGAUGAAUUUCACCCACUCCUGGUUCUUUUUCUUGUAAUACUUGAACCAGCAGCAGUCAACAUGUAGAUGUGAAAAAGGUGACGUCUAUUGUCAAAUGAACUUGUUAAUACACUCAUGCUAUCACUUUUGGUUGUUUAAAAAAGUAUACUGUUCAUUGAAUUUACACAAGGGUAUUGGUUCAUAAAGUGCCACUUAUCUGCUCUCAUUACAGAAGAACAUAUGUUUGGAUGACCAAAAUCUAGUAGCUGCCCAUCCAAUAGAUGAGUGAAAUAGAAAAGUUUUCUUCCCUGUGUAUUGGAGGUUUUUAAUGUACAUACUAAUUAAUUUAUGUCUGCUGGCCAAACAGUGUCUAGCAGUACACACUGUUAUUUAAAGUAUCCGUUAACUUACUCAUAAGACAGUUUUAUGCAUUUAUGUUGUCACAAAUAUAUAGUUGCUAUCUGAUGGAAAUUCUUUAUUGAAACCAAGUGCUAUUUUUUAUCAACAGAGGAAUCCCGAAAUAUCUCAUAUCUUAAACAACCCAGACUUGAUGAGACAGGUACAUGUAUGCUUUGUUAUUAAGUUACAACAACGUGUUUUCCAUAUUCCUCAGAUUUGCUCAUUGUAUUGUUCCUUGGUAUAAGUAAAGACUAGAUAGGCAUAAGUAAUGUGUGUGUAAACUUCAUGUUACCUUAGACAAUGGAGAUGGUGCGUAAUCCUUCCUUGAUGCAAGAAAUGAUGAGAACACAUGACAGAGCUCUAAGUAACUUAGAGGUAUGUUGUUUUAGAUUACAAUUAGUACAGAUGAUAACAAAAGUUAGCCUUUCCAUAAGCUGAGAAAUCCUUUACGUGAACCCUGCCUUUUUCAAGAAACAAAACAGACUAAUUUUCAUCUUGGAGAUAUGUACAAUAAUGUUGCUGUCAGAUGAACUUGACUAUCCUAAUGGGGCGCAAACUUGACAUGCUUUGCUGCCAAACAUUUGAAGUUUGACAGCCGUUAAACGAACUGUCAUGCUAAAAGUUGAAGCCAUUGGCACCUUUUGCACAAAUGUUCCUUAGACAAAUUUUUCCCGAAUUUAAGAAAAAUGUUUCAUUCAGAAACCGCAAAGUUCCUUUCAAGAAUUACUCCUUGGAGUUUCACUGCUUAACAUUUAAAAUUACACAAAUCAGCUUACAUGCUUCAAGCCACCAACUAGUGAAAUACUUUGCACAAGACUGUCAAACUUUCAAAUUUAAUGUCAACUCUUAGGUGAAAAUGAUGGUAUUUGAUUCAUUUGAUAAAGAAUAAUAAAUUACAGACACCGUAACCAGUUGAGAGCUAGGGGCGGAUCCAGGAUUUUUUUUAGGAGGGGGUGCAGUCGUCUCUUGCUCCACUUCAACACCAAUAAACCACAUAGGUUUUUUUUUUUUUUUUUUUUUGCAGAAUACCGGUUGUAUUAGAAAACCGCAGGUCAUCUCAGGGGGGGGGGGUGUGUACCCCCUGCACCCUCCCCCUAUAUCCGCCCCUGAGAGCUCAAGACUUGGGGGCAAAAUCUUUCAAGUUACCCAUUGCAAGUGAUUUAAUAUUGUGUCUGAAAAUAAUUAUAUGAAGGUUGAAGAGAGUAAUAUUGUUUCAGUGUAUAUGUUGUGGUUCAAUUUUAUCCUUGGUUUAAAUUUUAUUUCCCCUUGUUUUAAACUCAUUAUCGUACAUUACCAUACCCCAAAACAAAGGAAAAUAAAAUUUAAACCAAGGAUAAAAUUGAACCACAACAUGUCAGGGUUUGCAAAUUUUAUUGAUGAGUGGAGUCACUGUGACUUCUGCUUCACAAAUUUUGGAGUCAUUUAGGAAUAUUUGGAGUCAAGUAUCACAACGAAAAAAGCCAUUUUCAGACUUUCGAGCACGUAGUCCUCUCGUGUAUACACUAUCGUGAUGGAUACACGAAGUAGCUGUGGCGGUCCGCUGACCUGGAAAGCUCAAAUCCAUGAUGGCGGUCAUCCAAUAAACUUUGAUCGUAAUUAACCCUCUUCCUAUUUGGUCGUGCAGUAUAAUUCUUUAAUUUCGAUGAUUUAAUUAAGGUUUACAACGUUUACAAUUAACGUAAAUUUGAUUUGUUGCGAAAAUGGUAAGGACAAAACUGUGUUUUUUACCGAAAAUUUCUGCAGUCGAAGUGGCUCCCUGUUUGUUACCGAAAAUUUCUCGCGUCGAAGUGACUCCCUCCGUAACCUCUGUGGAGUCAUCUGAACAAUGUUGGCGUAAAAUACGUGAAAUUUGGCGUAUUUGCGAACCCUGACAUGUACAUACAAAGUGACCUCAAAAGUAUUAAUUUGCAUUAUACCAACUCUCCCAGAUACAGCAUCAAUCACCCUCUCUCCCGUACGGGUCACCAAAUCUCCUGGAUAAAAUCAAAAUAAUUUUGACCUUUUCUAUACUUUAGUUUGAUGUUUAGCCCAUUUUUUUCCUGAAAAAUCAAAUUCCAUAGUACAGUUUCUGGGGCUUUUUUGCACAUACUGUAUUUACUCACCGACAAAGAUUAUUUCAUCAUUAAUGAGAGCAAAUUUUGAUGAAAUGUUUGUCAUGUAAGACUUCAUGUAAUGUCUUAAGCCAUUCAGGGACUGGGUUGAUUUGUGUGGGAAAGUAGGGGCAUUGACAUUUGAGGGGGCGGGGGGUGGGGGGGGCGUGUAAAGUAGAGAGUUCAGAUUUUAGAUCGCGAGAGGUUGGCAUCUCUACAUGCAAAGGGAAACCAUUAAAUGUAGAAUUUACUGAGGGCUUAAUUCCCAUUUGAAAAUGGGCAUGGAGCAGUAUUAAAACUUUACUUGUGCAAAGUUAGAUCUUAAGGUGUCAAGACAAGACAAGACAAGACAAGACAAUGUUUUAUUUGGAGUCUUAUACAGUCCUAUGUAUAUCGACUUUAUCCAAAUAAUUUAAAAUCAUGACACAAAUUGCACACUAGUGGAACUAUAGUCAAUGUUAACCUAAACAACUAAUGAUCUUCUUUUCUCAUAGCAGUCGAAUACGUAUUUUGCAAUUAACUUUUGCACUGGUUUGUUCUUGCUCGUCAUCCACCCUUCAGGUUCACAUGGAUCAUGCUAGCACUUGUAUCUUCAAUAAUUACCCCUACAAACCGUAUGUUUUGUGAAAACUCAAUAGUUCCAGUUGUGCCUAAUUAAUUCUUUAAAGAAAGCAAAAUGCUAAUAUGUUUGAGAAAUAAAGAGCUUUCUGUGAAGGACCACAUUCACUUCUGUCUGAUUAAAAAAAUGUGUUUCAGAUUUUUGACAAGUGCUGUUGUUCUUUUGCUAUAAGCAGAUGAGGUUAGGUAUAACACAUCACAAGGAUAAACUCUGAAAAAUAUUAUAACUCAAAAACUCAACAAACAACAUCUUUCUUCUCUUUUUUGGAGGCAUGUGCAACCAAUUGAAUUAACAAUUAGUAUUGAAGAAUCUAUGCACUCCAUAAGUUUCUGCAGAAAUAACAUUUUUUACACUAAUUUUUUGUAAAAGGAAGUCCUGAACUAGCUCUAUCUUAUCAUUUAAAAGAUGCAUAUUCCAAAAUAAAUGAAUUUUUUCUCUGGAUGAUACCUUAACAAUGAUGGCAAAUCCUUGGUCCAUUUUCCUUUUAAACAAUUACCAACAUUGAUUUGAAAAAGGUUGUCAAACAUUUAAAUUGAAGGCUCACCAGAAGAAAUUCAAACUCUUUGUUUUGUUUCUGUGUCCCUAACAUGCAUGUAGUGAAAAAGGCUCGUUGCAUGGUUCACAUGGGCCUGGAAUACUCCUUGAAAAACUGCUAGGUCCUUGAAAACUCCUUGAAAAUGAUUUUUUCUUUAACAACUCCUUGAAUUUGUAGAAGAAGUGCUUGAAUUUUAUUUAAAACUCCUUUAAUACCUGAGACUACAGAAAAAUAAAAUGAUUUGACAUCAGAAGAUUGAAGGAACUGCCAAAGAAGGCAUUUGAAGUCUCAAACAUAAAAAAGCUUUCUAUACCAAAGUUCCAUUGUGAUAAUACGAUACCAUUUAGUGAAGACCUACUCCUUGGUGUCACUAUUGACAAGCUGAAAUUCGAUAAGCAGAUUGCAAAUGUGACAAGAAAGGUAUCCCAACAGCUUGUAGUAUUGAAACGUUUGAGAAAUAUUGACCUCUUGAUGUAAGGAAAAACAUUUAUUGCCCCCCAUUUUGACUACUGAUCUGACGUGCGGCAUUUCUGCAGCAAAACCAAAUCCGAUAAACUAGAAAAAGUAAACAAAAGAGCUCUGCACUUCGUGCUUAAAGACAAAAGCAGUUCUUACAUGGAAGUACUUAAGAAACUAGGAACUGUCUCUUUAUACGAUCAAAGAAUCAUGAAGAUUGCCAGCUGUGUCUUUAGAGGAGCUCUGUCACGUAAUUCAGACAAAUUAGGUAAUUACAAAUUGCCUGUUAAAGUAAGAGAAACGUAAAAUUUAAUUACCGCUUAAAACAUUAAAGGAAGGUUAAAAUAACACAACAGAUACAACAGAUGCCACAGAUGGGCAAACCUGAAGCGAAUGAGGGCGAGUAAAUGGCAAAAUUAAACAAAAUGAACUGGACUGCCCUGACACAGCCCCUUUAAGGUGCUACACGUUGACAUUCCCUCAACCCUAAAGGAUUUACUACUGCAAAGAUCAACAGCCUAUAAUCUUCAUGGUAAAGACAUUCUUACAUUACCCAAGGUCAACUCUACAAAGCAAGGUUUGAGAUCUUGACAAUACCUGGCCCGGAAGAUAUGGAAUUCAUUACCGGAAGCAUUGAGACAUGAUACAAACUAAGUAGCUUUAAAAGAUGCUUGAAAAAAAUUGACGUUACUCAGUUAUAUUGAUCUGUAAAUAGUUUUAUUAUAAUUACCCGGUAUUAUUGAACUGUACUUAGUUUUAUAUUUUAUUACUGACAUAUUCACAUUUUUUUAUAUCAUGCUUAGAUAUUUUAUGUUGUAUCUUCUUGCUUUUGUUUUCCUCUUUUCGCUAUUUUUAUUUGUGGCAAUACCUGCAAAAUAGCGAUACUUGCAAUACUGUAAGGAGCUAAGCGUAUUUUGACCAUAUUAAUAAAAGUUACUUACUUACUUGCUUACUUCCUUACACCAGGACAAUUCAGUGUUUCUUAUUCAAAGUACCGUUCUAAGUAACCACGCCUUUAAUGGGGUUUCCCAAGUGUAUUCUUGAGCACCCCUCUAAACAAACAAAACUGUGAGGGAAAUAAAGCUUGAAAGGGCUUUAGAAGUGAAAUCUAUUCAAUUUUGAAAUAGCAACAACAACAACAAAACUUUGUUAAAGAGCAGAUAAGAUAACAGAAGGAGUACCUGCAGCUAGUAAGGCUACUCAAGGUGGACAGUAUGUGCAAAAAAGAAAUCAGAAUUAAGGCUGACUAAGGAAAGAAAGAGAAUUAAACUGAAUUUGCUUUUUAAGCUCUCAUAUCUGAGUUUAAGUUUCGCACUAACCCUGUGUUAUCUUAACUCAGCUUCAAACAACCCGGCCCAGAUGUCUGAAGGAAAGAAAAAGAAAAGUGAAUCUAUAGUACGAGGAUUGACUCAGCUAUGCGCAGCGGUUCUCGUUUUCAUUAAUGUACAUCAAUACCCAAUUUCGCACAAAACAUAGCCUUAAUCUAGGAUUAAAACAGUAGAUUGCCGGUACUGUUAAACUGAAGCAUUCAAAAUAGCUCAUGCACGUAAAACGUGCCUAUGUUUUUUCAUAUGUAAAUGAUGACGUUCACGGGCUUGUUAGCAUGAGAAUACCAUGAUUUCCACAUGAAAAGCAGGAAGGUUUGUAACAAAACAAGGUCACUGCCAGCCUCACUUCUAUUCAAAGGCCCGGGCACUAAGCACACAACUGCAAAAUGGCCUAUCAUUUUACUUUAAGGCUGACAAAACACCAAUUUCACCCCAGUCGUUUUGUUUUUCUCUUCAACUGCAGAGCUUACCUGGAGGUUUCAAUGCAUUACAGAGAAUGUACACUGACAUUCAAGAACCAAUGUUAAAUGCUACACAAGAACAGGUAUAAUACAGAGGACUUCUUUGUUGGAUAGUUUUUAUCAUUUCCAUAGUGACUUGUUUUGUAAUCAUACAAGUGUGGAGUGCAGACAUAAGGCUUCCUUUGUGUUUGGAAUAGCUGCUGAAUUCCAUCACUUAGAACUAAAUAUAAGCCUAUUACACUAGGCUCCAAUGUCACUAUAUAGUCCACAAGAUUUUGUUCAAAAUAGUUACUUAAUAGCUUAGUGAAUUAUCUGUUAGGUAAUAUUAAUUAUUUCCCUUCUACUCCUCAUUACCUGAAAGUUUUUUUUUUUUGGAAGAAUUAAGGCAUUAAAGUCCCUAAACAUUAACUUGUAUUAAUUUUGUAUUAUUGUACAAAAUCCACUUUCUGUAGAUGCGACAGGCACAGAACAAUCCAUUCUCUGCCCUCUUUGGUGGAAGCUCAGGUAAACCCUUGUUUCUUGUUACUACUAGUAUACGUAGUUUGUAACAAAUUAUUUUGAAGACAAGGUUAACUAUUAUCAUUAUCGCACUUUGUUGCACAAGGUUGAUUCCCAAAUCCUUUCCUGUACAUAUCAGGUUCUGUUAGCUACGACAAAUAUCUUGCAAACCUAGAUAAAAUACACGGUUCCGAUUUCCUAAAGAGGUUACACCAGUGUACAAAAAUGAUAGAGAAUUGUGAAAAAGUGUUACCAGCUCUAUAGAUGGCCCAUCAGUGCAGCUUUGCUCACCUAUUAGUUAAGAUUGCUGCAUAACUGAGGCCAUUCCUCCACCCUUCCAGCCAUCAGAACUGAACAUUGUAAACGUUGCUUCAUAAACAGAUGUCUUUCAGUUUUAGGUGAUCCCUUCUUAUCAAGUAGUUUUUCGUGGUUGUGAUAAUGUAUAUACACUGUUUAGUUGGAAUAUUUUGUGGCAGAGAAUUUUUUGUUUGGAAUUUAAUAAAGAGCAAGUUAGACUUGGAUGUUGAAAAAGGACAUGCAAGCAUUUGUUUAUAAGGCAUUGAGAACGCUAUUUAAUUUUGUUUUUUGGUAGUUCUCUUAGUAAGAAUGCAUUUAACCUUGAAAAUAGUUUUUUCAAUCUAAAUGGAUUGUUUUAAUUGAAAUGAAAUGUUUUUGAUUCCAAUAAUUUUUUAAUGAAAUGAAUUUUUUCAAAUCAAAACUAAGUGUUUUUUAAUGAAGGGAAUUGUAAAUAGUGUUUUGACGGAAUAGUUUUUUUAAUUUAAUUUUUGUAAAUAGGGUUUUAAUAGCAGCAUUGUUAUUUAUUACUAUAAUAAUCAGGAACGGUCAGUGGUCGGCAAAGAUGGCAGAUGUGUUUUGCUUAGUGCGUCUGAUAUGUCUUCCGUUCACUGCUUAAUGCAGAUUCUUACAGCGUUUUUCUUUAUUUUUUGGUGUCUCUGUGUGUCCGUUUAUUGCCCCCUCAAGGAUUUUGCCCAGAAGGCGAAAUCCCGAGGAGGCACCCUAGUAAUUCGCGCGUAUAUUAAGGAAAGUACUUACAGCUGAAAUAUACAGUCAGUAUGCCAGAAAAAAUCUCGAUUUGCUUGAAUAGAGGCCGCGAGGAAUCGGUAGGUAAUGAUGAUGUUUCUAUUGUUUGCGCCCGCAAGUACGGAAUGGUUAGGAUGAUGUAAAGACAGAAAAUCCCGAAGGGACCCCUUAGGUAGAUUUUGUGACAUUUAUUGUGCAGUCAUCCUUCGAUACUCUUUUGCGUUACGUGUUAUCAUUGACAUUCUGUGGAGCAGUUGUUUUGAAAGUUAUGGACCAAAAGACACUCGUUAAGCGCAGAUGAAGUUAUGAGGUGCGUAUAACUGUAUAUAUAUAUAUUUUGCACAGAUCCCACCACGGAUAUUUACCAGGGUAUGCCUGCUCUAAGGUGUCACGAGCGUAGAUAGCACGAAGAAUGCACUUGCUUGCUGACCUAUUCUCUGCUCACAGAUGUCCUUCCGCUAUAAAGUUUAAAAUAAGACUAGAAUGUGCGAGCGUGAAUUGAUCAAACGUCCUUUUAAUUUAUAAGGCUUACUUUCCGGCAAAUAAAAUUAACUGAAUGUAAAAAGUGAAUGAGAAAUAGCGAAAAAUUCAACUUCUAAUUAAAUCUUUUCUUAUGGUUUAGAAUAAACUAUUCUCGAACUGAGAAUGUUUUGAUCAAAUCCGUGUAAAUCGAACAGAAACUGUGCGUGGAACCUUGCCUUUCCUGUAUUUAUCUCACCUAUUGUAUGGAAUAUGUGUGAAAAUCUUCAUUAUGAAUCGGACAGGUAUAUUUCAAAGAGCUACUCAACGAACAAGAAUACUAUUGGCUGACAAUAAACGGAGCAGGGGCAGCUGUAGUGUCAACUAUUACUAAUGUAACAAGCAAAAUGCCAUCAAACGACAAGCACUCUUUGAAGGACUUGUCCUAGAGUCGCUGCUUGAUAGCAAACUCAAGACGAUUCAUUACAGGCUAGACGACCUAUUCAAAAAAGUUGAUGACAACUACAAGUCUAUUAAUCUUUACUGAUAUAUUGAUGGUCUAUACUUAUUUAUUUUGUUUUGUUUAGUUCUGUAUAUUUACUUUUGUACCAAGUUUAUGAUAUUUAUUUGUACCAAUGUAUUUGUUGUGCCUCUUUCCUGACUUUCACAUUUUUAAUGAUCAUUAUGUAAUUACGGUUACCCAACAAGUUUUGCUUUUUAGUUAUUUUGGAUGUCCCACUACUGUAUGUACUGUUUAUUUACUUCUUUAUAAUUAUAUUUUUGUAAAAUUCUUUGAGUUGUCUACAAUAGUAGAAAUGAAGUGUUGUUGUUGUUAUAAUAAUAUCAAUAAUAAUAAUAAUUAGAUGCAAAUGUUUCUUCCUCUAUAUUGGCUGAGACCCUACCACGUGACCUUUAAAUAAUUGCCUAUUAACUUGUCGAUAAGAAAUAAUGAAAAUGGAGGGUAGGUGUCAAUUAUGAGCAAUGCAAGCAAUAAGCAAAUGAAUUUGGGCGAAAUGCAAAUAAACUGGGGGUUACCUUGGCAACCUCCCACAGGUCACCUCCCAUGAAAUAGGAACUCCAAGCUAGACUGUAAGUGCUUGGCGAAAGGAGGACCCAAUGGGAGGCAGCCAUGGGGCCCGACCCUCCAAACAAAGAAUCUCCAAGCGUGAGGCACCACCCUCCAGGCAAGGCAAGAUAGCCAGGAAAUGCGAGUUGGCAGGAAAGGUAAUAGGUAACAGCUAAAGAAACCAAGGCAACCGACAAAGGCAAACAGAUGCUACCAAAACGCUAGCAGUGGCAAAAAAGGCAAUUAGCAUCACUAAAUGAAAAUACACUCACCAAACUAAUCCACCAUUGAUUUGGCAGCCCGAGUUAUGAGGUUAGGAGGAGUUCGAAUAUUUUGAUUGUAAGCAUCACUUUUCCAAUGGCCCAAAACUUGAAUGAGGUGAUCCAGAAUACCAGCCCUUGCAGCAGAAGUGGCUGCCCCAAUUUGGCCACUGUGACUUGAAGAAUCGCCAGGCAGAGCAGCAGAUAGAAGAAUAGCUCUUAAUCUGUCUCUAAGUAAAGAGCAAGACAAAGGAAGGCUAUUCUCAAAAAGGAACAGGGGGUCAGGACGGUUACCCCGACGCUUAAGGAAGGAGACAAUUGCUUGAACUGCGCACAAAGGAGAACCAGGCCCAAUCAAAAUGAUGCACCUUUUGCGGAAUGGGUCAGUUUUAGAAGCUUUGAUACAGAUUUGGAGGCAAGAUGGAUUAAGAGGAACAUCCACAGCAAUAUCACGCACAGAUAGAUGACGGUUAGGGUCGAAGGCUGAAAGGCUGGGGACGGUGAAUUCCGCUGACCUCAAAAAACCAAAAUAAACUAGUAAACAGGCAGCCCAAAACAUAUGAUCAUCAAAUUGGUUGACGUGGAUUAACAGAUGAAGAGCCCUGUGAACGCUUGAUUCCUCUAACAACUCUUUGAAGCCGAAGGCAGUUCUCCAAUGGGUCAGGGAAUCCUUGAUCCACAUGAAGAGAGCAUACCACAGAUAGAUAACACCUUAAUAGAAGAGUGCGCAAGGAAUCAGCCAAGAAUGUGGCAAAAAGACGCAGGAUCCAUUCAGUGGCCAGACAUGGGGAGUCAGAGGAGCUGACAUAACCAAUCAUGACACAGAAAUUUAUGAACUUUUGCUGAGCACAAGAGUAGGUGAGGAGAGUUGAAGCAGCUAAGCCUUGGUACAUGAGGGAAAGGCAGCAAGCUUCUAGAUCACUAUGGAAAGCUGAGCUAAAAGCUAUGGAGAAAUGAGGACUGGAGACUUUUUGGCAGAUGGUGCUUGAGAAUGAAAUUCCUGCAAAUUGAAGCGAGGAAUGGCAUCAACUAUGCCAUUAGAUUUUCCUGAAACAUGAACAGCCACAAAGGUACACUGAGGCAGACUACUACUUUAAGUAAGCUACACAGCAAGUGCAUAAUGUUUGGGUCUUUUGAAGUGUGUGAAUGGGCCAUUUGCACUAAGAGGUCAUGUGACAUCAUUUUUAUGAAAAUAAAAGUUAUAUGAUUUUGCCUUUAAAGAACCAUAAGUGGGUCGUAUCUUAAAAAAAAUAAUAGUGAUUUAGUUUAUCAAACCCGCACCAUUUUCUUAAAAUGAGUCAGUUCGUAGCUGGUCACGUGACCAAAAUGUGAUUUUUAAGACUAUGAAUUACCUCUUUCUGAACAGAAAUUCUGCUCUUAAACUUCAAGGAAAUUGUUGAAAAGAUGAUCUGGUAACGUUUUCAGCACAUCUAAACCUAACUAUCAAAUGUUUAACAUGUUGGCGGCCAAUGCAAAUCAUACUACGUUGUUGAUAAAUCAAAGUGCCAUAAAAUAUCUCCCUUAAAUGCGUUUCCUUUCAAAUUUCGGGUGUAAGAUAAUUGUUUUGCCCUGCGUCAAUUUUUGGCAUCAGCAAGAUUCCAACUCAUUGUUUAAAGGAAGCAUUGGUCAUGUGACCUCUUAGUACAAGUGGCAUAUUGAGAAUGUGAACCACUGUUUCGUUAUCAACAUGAAACAGAAUAUGCCUGUGAGGGCCCCAGACAUGGGCAGCCAAAACAACAGGGAAGAGUUCCUUGUAAGCAAUUGACAGAGGGAGCUGAAGAGGAGACCAUCGGCCAUUAAACCAUUCAUUGUCUAUAAAUGCACGAUAACCAAUUUGACAAAACAAAGCUCCUUUGUGUGGGCGUGCCACAACUCAUGAGGACAUUAUCCUCCCCCUUACCAAGUGCAACAAUGCUGGGAACUGAAAUCAAGCCUGUAACAAUUGCAAAGGGUCUGGGAGUGUAUAUAUAUAUUUAUUGCCCCCGCGGGUAUCUCGCCUAGAGGUGAAAUCCCGAGGAGGCACCCUAGUAACUCGCGCGUAUAUUAAGGACAGUAGUUACAGUUCAAAUAUACGGUCAGUAUACUAGAAAAAUCUCCAUUUGCUCGAACAGGGGCCGCGAGGAAUCGGUAGGUAAUGAUGAUGUUUCUAUUGUUUGCGCCCGCAAGUACGAAAUGGUUAGGAUGACAGAAAAUCCCGAAGGGACCGCUCAGGUAGAUUUUGUGACAUUUAUUGUGCAGUCAUACUUCGAUACCCUUUUGCGUUACGCAGUGACAUUCUGUGGAGCAGUUGUUUUGAAAGUUAUGGACCAAACGACACUCGUUAAGCGCAGAUGAGGUUAUAAGGUGCGUUUAACUAUGUAUAUGCAAACACUUGGACAGUUUGCCAGACACGAGUUCACAAAUCUUCGAUUUAUAUUGGAAACCUUGCCAGACACUCUUUCUCUCUCUUUGACCAGAAUAAGACUCAGCCCCAAAACAGCAAGACGAAUGAACAACGGCUAGCUUAUCACUAGCAGAUUGAUGGACAAUUACAGAAAUUCGCCGACAAUCAAAUUCUGUGCUGACUUAUUCCCUGCUCACAGAUGUCCUUCCGUUAUAAAGUUUCAAAUAAGACUAGAAGGCGCGAGCGUGAAUCGAUCAAACGUCCUUUGAAUUUCUAAGGCUUACUUUCCGGCAAAUAAAAUGAACUGAUGUAAAAAGUGAAAGAGAAAUAGCGAAAAAUUCAACUUCUAACUAAAUCUUUUCUUAUGAUAGAGAAUAAACUAUUCUCGAAACUGAGAAUGCUUUGAUCGAAGCUGUGUAAAUCGAGCUGAAACUGUGCAUGGAACCUUGCGUUUCCUGUAUUUAUCUCACCUAUUUUAUGGAAUAUGUGUGAAAAUCUUCAUUAUGAAUCGGUAUAUUUCAAAGAACUACACAACCAGCAAGAAUACUAUUGACCGACAAUAUACAGAACGGGGGCAGCUAUAGUGUCAACUAUUACUAGUUAUAUACACACUCAGUGAUCUUGGUGAUUUAAGCAAUCUGAUUGGUUCGCUAUCUCGGACUAUUCAACAAUAUUCACCUCCUAGCGAGUGGAUAAUGUGUGAGCUCGGUGUUUUUCCCAUUUUUUUAGAGAACGAUCUGACUUUUUUUAAGGCAAGAAAAGACUUGGAUGGAUUCAAUACGGCGUUUUUCAAUUUACUGUAGCUGAGUUUUUUGCUCGAUGGUUUGUGUAGAAUUCCCGUGUAUUCGCGGAGAAGAAGCCGUUUCCUGAACUCGGUGUAUUCUAUCAAGAAAAUUUUCGCUCAAAAAUCGAAGUUUUAUUUAUGACAAACAAAUUUAAGAGGAAAUGUUUGCAGAAGUUCUACGUUUCAAGUAAACAGGAAAAAGAAUGAUACAGGAAGACGACGUCUUACCUCGAGCAACCGAGCCGCCAUUUUUGUCAGCACUUCAUGGGAAGAACGACACAACAAACCCUUUUGGCUAAAAACUUGGCGAGUCAACAGAAAACAACAAAGCUCCACUUUUCUUCUCAGGUAAGGAAACAGUUCAAACUUUUAGCGGUUCCAUUUAAGCCAUUACGCUGUUGUUUGCGAAAUGAUAAACUUGUGAAUUGCCAUGUUUGAAAAUUCUGCAAAGAUCUAUUUUUAAACUUACGCGUUAUUUGAUCUGUCAAUCAAAUCGUACUUUUUAAUGGUUUCCUCUCUGAUUUUGUUGAGAUCACUUCGUGUGUAUAUACUAAAACAGUUAUUCUUUUCAAUCUCGGUGAAUAGUGGCUUUGGGGAUAUUUACCUCUCCGCUUUCGCGGCUUGGUAAAUAUUUAGCCACUAUUCACCUCGAUUUCAAAGAAUAAUUGUUAAAUAUACGAUGAUCGCCGCCAAACCUGCUACAGGCAGAAUCGACAGACAGCCAGGAUUGACAGCGAUGCAGGAACCUGCAUUCCAAGAAUAGCAAAUAACUUUGCUGGUAGUGCUACCAGAGGCCUCUGUGUGUGAGGUGACUGGAUUGCCUGAAGCUUGGCGAGUACGAACUUGAAUGCCAGCUGUAUGGUGGUUGAAUAGCUGGACGUUCAUUCACAGUAAGCGGCCAGUCCAGGGAUAUUUCAUUUUAAAAACGCCAUCCUACAGAUAGGUGAUUCUGAGGUUUUGUCAGUGUGAAGUGUGAUACAGUUAGUUCUUAACGCCUGUUCUUGUGCACUGCAGAUCAACCCUUGAGGUCCCCCUUCCGCAACCACUCCCAUGUUUUCUCCCAAUUGACUCCUGCCAUGUCCCUGACAUAUUGUCCAUGCAUUUGUUUUUCUUUCCAUUUGUUUCCCAUUUCUCUCUUUUCACUCGUCUUAUACUCCUUUGGAUCCUUUGCCUCAUCUACUUUCACUGUUCCUUUUUCACCUAUUUUCCGGAGCAACACCUCCUCGGAAUUCCUUACAUACCAGCUUAAAUUGUUUCUUCCCCACAGACAUAAGUCCUCUUUCCCCUUUCUUCCUUGAUAGAUAUAUUCUUGCAGUAUCACUUCUCGGGUGCAGUUCCUUAUUCAUUGUCAUCAUCUUCCUGGUCGCCCUGUCCAUGUUGUGGAGUUCAUUCUUUGUCCAUGUAAUCACUAUUAUUAUUAUUAUGUCGCAGUAUGAAACUUUGGAAUGCUGUCCACAUUAUGAGUAGUAUAGGGCGCAUAGCGUAACCUACACCACUUGAGAAGCUAUACUUAGAAGUAAAAAAAGGUCGAUACGAAACCUAAUACAAUCCUAAAAUACAUAGUGCUAUAAAUCUCUCUACUUAAAAAGCCAAUUUAGAAUAUUAUUAAAUUCUGAUACUCUGUAAAACCUUCGCUAUCUCUACUAAAAGCUUAUACAUAGUGAUAUAAAUCUCUCUACUUAAAAAGCCAAUUUAGAAUAUUAUUAAAUUCUGAUACUCUGUAAAACCUUCGCUAUCUCUACUAAAAACAUAUUUAUAAUAAUAUCACACUCUAAUGUUCUAAAAAAUCUAAGUAAAACGUCAGCAAGCUUGUGUUUCUAGAUUUCUAGAGAAGAAACAAAAACCUAAAAACUGAAGUCCAUAGCGCCCUAACUAAGUAUUUAUCUUAAAUGUUCUGGCAUUGUUUAAAGUGUUUGAGAUGACCGACUUCUGCAUUCGCUCAAGUACGCUCCGUGCUCUCGCUCCAAGUAGCUUCCUCACCGACUUCUCUAGGUGUUUAGAGUAACCCCCCAGUACGUCAAUUGUUACGUUGUACUGUUCAACCCUGUAACCAUUGUAUCUCUGCUUCAGCUCCCACAUCAUGGGCCCAUACUUGAGUGUCUUUUUCUCAUCUUUCUUAGCUCUACUCUCAAUCCAUGAGCAGCUCAUUUCAAUUGUGCAGACUUCUUUCCUCUCGUGGUUGACAAGUCGCGCGUCGAUCCGAUUUGCUCUAACUUCGUUGUGCUCUGCAUAGAUGGGAAUAACUUUCCUUGCCACUAUUUGUCUUUAGCGAUCUCCAAGAACUGCUUCUCUUGAGAUUGCUUCAGCAGAUUCCUAGCUCUUGCUGCAGUUACCACCUUUCCAUCUGUUGUAACACACACGAGAUUUAGGGUAUCAAGCUGAAGGGUGAUGUUGAGUUCUUCAGCGUACUUAGCUGCUUCCUUUACGAGCGACUGGUGGCCUGAUGCCAUGGCGUGUUCUUCAAAUUCUCUAACUGCUUCCACAGUCGGGUCCGGGUUCUGAUACAGUUUCAGUAGCGAUUUGAUUUUAGUGAUCUUGUACUCGUGUUUGACUGAUCGCAGGCCUCUACUCCCUUUCUCCCUCGGUAGAUAUAACACAGAAGUCAGGCUAGCUGGGUGCUUGCCACCGUUCUCAACUAUGAUCUUCCGAGCUGCUCUGUCCACAUCUCUUAACUCUGAUAGAGGCCAAUGCUGUGUCCACAUUAGGUACCGCAGGACUGGGAGUGCAUACUGAUUAGAUGCCUGCACACGGUUACAAUCAGACAGGGGGCUGGACCAUAUAAUAGAUAUCCUGCGUAGAUACUCUUUAGCCGCGCAAGCUAGGGCCAGCCGUUCAUCCUGUCGAACGUUCUCUAGCACCCCCAGGAAUUUAUAGUGUUUUCCUUCCCCAAGAGCCGUGAUGGUAGUUGUCUCGUCCAUCCUCAUACCAGACUCGUCUAGCACUUGGGCUCCCCUCUUCACGUGUACCACUGAGCACUUUUUCUGAUUCCAGUGGAGGCCGAUGUCCUGCAUCGCUCCUCUAGUCUCUUUCAGCACUCGAUUCAGCUUGCUCUUGGAGGCAGCAAAAACCUUGAGGUCGUCGAUAUACAGGAGAUCGGUGACUUUGACUCCUAUAGACUUGGAUAACCGGUAUCCCUCUGUUGCCCGCAGGCGCCACGCUACAGGGUUCAGGCACAGUGUAAACAGUCUAGGACACAAAGCGUCCCCCUGGGGUAGACCCUUCAUGAACCUUAUUUUUCUAGGUCUCUCGCCCUUGCCUUGUUGUAGCUACUACCUUAGUAUUCCAGCUCGCACACAACUUGCGUAUAACCUCACCCAGCCAGACGGGAAGCCUGUGUACGUCAGUCAUUGCGCAUAACCAAUCAUGAUCGACGGAGUCGUAGGCUUUGCGCACGUCAAUCCAUGCCAUACUUAAAUUCCGUUUGCCUCUGUGACAAUCCAGCAUUACUGCUCUAUCGAUUAGCAAGUUAUCCAUCGUACCGAAACACCCUGAUUUCGCUCCUCUUUGCUGGCCUUCCAUCAGGCCAUAAUGUUCAAGGUGUUGGUCCAUGGGUGCCAGGAGGCAAGAUGUAAACCACUUAUACAUGUUAUUCAGACAAGUAAUAGGUCUUUGAUUUUCACUGAGGAACUCGCCUUCUUUCGGAAUGAGGGAGGUUUUCCCUUCAGAAAACCACUAGGGGUAAUCUUCGUCGCUCUUAGAAACUUCUUUGAAGUUCUCGACCACACCCUCGUGCAGGGUGCUAGCACGUUUCCACCAAAAGUUAGUGAUUUUAUCAGGCCCUGGCGCACUCCAGUUGCGCUUCUUGGACAGGACUUUGACCGCUUCCGCUACUUCGAGAGCCCAUUCGUCGCCUGUCGGUGGUGGUACUUGCUCGUGGAUAGCGAGCUUUACUUCCUGCAACCAGGCCGCGUUCUUAUUCCCAGUCUCACAGCUUUCUCCAAAACCCGCUCGCCUCUUCAAUGUUUUCAAACAUUCGCGAAUCAUCUGGAGCACGUUUUCCAGGAUCUUUAUAUCUUGGCCGCUCAUUCUCUGGGUCCUUCUUCAACAUCUCACUCAAAUUCGCAAACACUCUUCCAGGGACCGUGUUAAACUGUUGGUUAAUCACACGCGAGACCUCUUGUUUCUUUUUCCUGUCAAACCCACGUUUUAACUUUCGGAGCUCCGACUUUUUUUUCUCCAUGUAGCUAAUCAAACCUGCAACAGAGAUGGUUUUGCAUUUUUUUUGUAGGUGAGACCUAUUUUUCCUUCCUUUUUUCGUGAUCUUUCUAUUUUCUUUCAACCUUUCGAUUUCCGCUUUUGCGAUUGACAGUUGUUUUCUGAUCUUCGCCGCCUCCUGGUCGUAAAUUCUUUUAAGCUUUUCCUUUCUGUCCGGCGGAUUGUCUCUCUUUAUUGGCCCUUGUUUUUUCCAUCCUUUCAUCAACAAAAACGCGCAAACCACCGAGUAAAGAGCGCAGUUAACUAACCACAGAAAACCAAACGGGUUCUGCGUUGGUGUUACCUCGUAGCGCUCCAUUAAUGACUUAAUCGCUUGGUUGAUUUCUUCCAAGUCUUUUGUUGAUGGUGUUUCUUUUGUCCUGGUGUCAAUGUCACGUUGUGAAUAGUCUCCAGGGUGGGUGCUAAUUGUUUCCAUUAUCCUGUUUGCUGGCUCUAAAAAGCUACACCUUUCUUGAUCACCAUUGUUAAGCUGUUGUUCUUGGGUCAAGGUUGUAUGCAAAUCCGGAUCUGAAAAAAGAUCACCAUUGUUACGCUGUUGACUUUGGGUCAGGGUUGUAUGCAAAUUCGGUUCUUCUUGAUCAGCAUUUUUUGCUAUUUGGCGUCCGUUGUUUAAGGCCCCUUCUGCGUUAUCUCCACCUCUCUUCGCUUUUAUUCCGCUAGUGAUAGUACUAAUUACGCUGCCUAGGGAUUUUUCAAGUGGAGCGGCUGGGUCUCGUAAAUUCUGCUUUGUAAACCCCAGAUCUUCGUGCCCCAUUUGAUCCCACAGUUCUUUCAUAAGUUCCAUAUACCCUUUUCGUCUUCCAUUAUCCUUAACUGGUGGAUUCUCCGAUUUUGCGAGUAAUAGCGCUUGCCGCUUGCACUCCAACAGGUCGCUGUUCAUUUGUUCGGACCAUCUUAUCCUUCCUGCUCUCGCAUUAUUAUUAUUAUUAUUAUUAUUAUUAUUAUUAUUAUUAUUAUUAUUAUUAUUAUUAUUACAAGUGAUAGCAGUAAAAGUAAGUUAUAAUUAUUUUACACUAUAAUUAUAAAGCUUAAAAUAAUUUGAUCAAGAAGGCUUAGCUUUGUCGUCUUUCUUCGUUGCCGCAUAUUUAUACAAUGAAGUCACGGUUUGAGGUUGUCCGCUAUAGUGACAAGUGAUUCCAUUUGCUUUUGUUGAGUGGAUGGAAUAAUAAACCCAUUAAUACUUUUUCAGGCUUGGUCCAUGCAAGGCAAUGUUUAAGAAAUUUAUAACUAUCAAUCGCGCAGCUACCGACUGAACCGUAUUAUUUGGGGAGCAAGGGUGGCGCAGUGGUGAGAGCACUCGCCUCCCACCAAUGUGGCCCGGGUUUAAAUCCCAGCGUCGACACCAAAUGUGGGUUGAGUUUGUUGUUGGUUCUCUCCCUUGCUCCGAGAGGUUUUUCUCCGGGUACUCCGGUUCCUCAAAAACCAGCAUUUCCAAAUUCCAAUUCGACCAGGAAUCAGGUGCAAAUCGUUAUUUAUUUAUUUAUUUAUUUAACCGUAUGACCGUACUAUUCUCUCCCUGCUCGUAAGUUGUCUUUUCAUCGUUCGGGGAAAGCAUUAACACAACAUUGUUCAUCAUUAUUAGUCUCGCUUGCGUAAGCAGCGAGACUCAUAAUCUUCAACGCGUUUUUCGUCCCAGGGGGUAGUCCGUUAUAUAGGCUGUAUAGGGAUGUGCCGCACCAAAAGGUUUUUUUUAGCCGUUUUGGUUUGAAAUAGGGUAUCAAUUUCGACCAUUUUGGUCUGAAACAGGGUGUGCUUUGUGCCUUCUAGUCUUGAGUUGGGUAUGUUUUUUAGAAGAAUUAGCUACUUCUUCAUCAUUUGGCGAAAAGACCAUUUCCGUUUUCAUGUUUACGCCAACCUCCGGUCAAGCGCCGGGCUCCAGGGCUUCUGUAGAAGGCCUAAAUGUAAUAAACGGUCCUAAAUGUAACAAAGUCCUAAAUGUAAUAACAAUUUGCCCUAAAUGUAAUAAACUCUUAAGCUGCCAAUUACAGUAAUUACUGGAAUAAGCCCCGCCCUCAAAUAAGCGUCGCAUUUGUGGGGUAAUUAGCGCCGCGGCGCCUAUUCGAGUAAAUACGGUACUAAGCGGUAUUGCCAUGCUAUUAAGCUCCGCUCUCAAAUAAGCGCCGCAUUUUUGGAGAAAAAGUUAAUAAGCGCCGCGUACACACGCGUAUAGCCUGCUACCGGAGAGGUAUUUUUGGUCGUCGCUAACACGCGUACCAGAUCAAUUCAGAAACAAGUAACAAGUAUCGACGUCGAUAAAGUAGGAAGUAAAAAAACCUUUAGCGAGUAACUCAGUCUCCCCAAUUAGUAAGGCUCUGUGCCUGAGCUAGAAGACAUGAAACUAUUAGAACUGUUAUAAAGUCAAAAAAUGAUCAUGCUCAUAAAAUGGCUUAUUUGAAAUAUACUCUUAACCUGAACUCAAAUUCCAAAAAUGAAACAUUUUUUGUUAAAUUUAAGCCCAGAAAACGAAGGCCAAAGUUGGUAUCUAAGAGCGCUUUUUUGGAAAUAUUUAUAAUCACAGGGCUGAAAUCCGACGCGAUACUUUCCGUUGUUGACAGAAAUGUUGCAAUUUUCACAACCCGACACGCGAUAACGCGUUAUAAGUUUCAAGUAAGCCAGAGCAAAUUAUAGCAAAAUUCGCUUACAUUCUGCUUCCCCAAAUUAAGUUCGAUUGUUUUUAUAUUUCUAAAUCAUUUCUAUGUCUGUAAAAAACCUUCUACAGACACAUCAAAUAUAUGAUCCUUGUAGGGAAGAUGACACCCCCCAGUUUAAUGAUCUGUCAUGCAAAUUAGCACGUUGCUAAGGCUAAAUCAUUGUUUACGACGCCAUAUUGACAGCACGACACCCAACAAGUUCAAACGAAGAUUUUCGUUUUUUCUCUCCACUUUCUGUGCUACAAUCGGAUCAGUGUCACAACAAACAUUAAGAACAGCGGUUUACUCGUAAGAAUUCAAGACGGCGACAAAGAAACAGCGCAGCGCCACGAAAAUUAAGGGCGAAUUAAGGGAAAUUUUGCGGCUGUGUUGGACCGCACUGGAAACAAAUCGAUGUAAAAAGAUGAGGAUUUAUAAUACCGCGCUGAAACUUGCCAGGUUUACUCACAUGAUGUAAAGGAAAAACGCAUUGCAUUCCCGGCAAUUCCCGGAAUAUUUUUGAAUUUUUGCAGCAGCCUGAAGUUACAGGGCAUUACCAAAAAAUUCCACCUCUAUAUGUCAGGAAAAAUGUACUGGCUACUUCCGGGAAUUUAAAGGUAAAUGAACAAACUAAGUAUAAGUCAGUUCCGAUUUUCUUGUUAUUCCUAGCUGUCGAGAGAAAGCCAGAAAUACAAAAUUAUUUAAUUUUUGAGCCUUUGAUUAUAAAUCGGAAAUAACACCUUAGGUGUGAAAAUUGACACCUCCCAUAUCAAUUUUCUGAAAGCUCAGCUCUCUCUCGAUAGGCCUGUGAAAUUUUUAUUUUGCAAAAUUCUUAAUCAUUUGAGAAAUAAAUUUUUCAAAUGGGUGGGUUUAUAGUAGAUCUAAUACCUUAAUAAAGUUCAUUAUCAUUUAUUAUCAUGUUUCUUGUAGAAUUAAUCGCCUCAUUUUCUAUCUAAUCUCCAAGCAGGCGAGACCUGUGUGCCGCGGUAAGCGCGUUCUUGUUUCCAUUGUUUAGGUAAGGGUAGCAAACCAUUUGGCUUUUAGGGUUAGAGGAACUGCUACAUGACUUCUCUCUUCAGAAUGAAGAAAAAAAUAUGGCCGCCAAAUACAUCCUUUUAGUUUUUAAAGUUCUUCUCUAUUAACAACGUUGAACAUUUAUUCCGGCAAACAAACAGUUAAGUUGAAAAAGGAUUUUACAAAAGUCUCAAGAGUAGAUAUCCUUUUCAAUUUUAACUUGCAAUAUCGUUCAAUUUAUGCAACUUUUAAACUUCUGGCUCAGUUUUCGUCUGGUUCUGCUUUGAAAAUGGAAUAAUAAUUACUCAGAGACAAUACAGUGUAAAGAAUUGUUGAGAAAAAAGGCAAAAACUUGCCAAUUUAUGUAAAGAAAACGUACCUUAAAAACGAACUAAAACAUUCAAAACGCUUUGAUCACGUGACUGAUGACGCCAUGUCCCUCGUUUGGUCAUGAAAAAAAUUAUCACGUAGAACAUUACUUUCCCGCAAAUUUUCUCUGCUUUGUGAUGAAAGGUUGACUCUCUACAGCCCUUGGCCUGACUUUUUCGCUCAUGUUCAUUACCCCUUAAAUUUUAAAUGUAGGACAUCAACUGGUUAUUUUUAAAUGCCCCACACAACUUAAACCUCAAAUAUGCUAUUUGUUUUUCACUCCUUAAUGAAAUCUUGUCACAGCAACUAAAAACCUAAUUCGGAAGUAGUCACGUGAUUGAUGACGUCAUCACCUUAGAUGUGACAUGAGAAGAUAUUUUAUGGCAAAUGUUAUCUUGCUGUGGUCUGACAGUCUUCUACGUAUUAAAUUUUCAGAGUUAUAAAGUUUUUUAUAAAAUUGCCUCAAAGGAUUCUGGGAGAUUUUUUUAUGUAAAUUAUAAUUUACUUUUAUAAUUAUUAUAAUUCUUCUUCUUUUUCUUCGUCUUAUUAUUAUUAUUAUUAUUAUCAUUACUAUUAUUAUUAUUAUUAUAUGUAUUGGAAUACUGUUUUUUAUGACACCAUCCUUUCCCUUUACAUUUGUGGUCCCCUGAUGUAGACUAUCAGUGAGACAAAAGGCAUUAUAACAUAACAAAAGUAAAUCGCGCGCUCUGAUUGGUCAGUUAGCCACUACCAUUUGCCCGUGGGUGCACGCUAAGAAACUGAGCUAGCGUGGUAAAAUUUAGGCAAAUUCAACAAAUCUCCUCUCCUGACGGUAAAAUACACCGAUGAAAUGCACAGAUGAAAAGUGGAAGGUGAAGAAAAUACUAUGCUGUCGUUUUGAAGGAAAAAAGACAAAAGAUCAAGCGACAAAUUUGCCCUGGAUGAAUUAAUCACUGUUUUCCUCGCGGCUAGAAUCGGCUGGAGGAAAAUCGAGCGAGCGAAGAUUUAAGGUACAUUUUGUGUGUUUUUUUAUAGAGGAGAAAGUCUGUUUGAAAUGUAAAUUUAUCAAUUACCAUUGUGUUAUUGACUUUUUGGUCAAGCUGAUGCUAAAUUCAAGCAAAUAUUUUAGGAAACACGCUCAAAUUCGAGACAGCUUUGUUGUGAAGUUUUCAUCGCAUCGAUUAACAAUUUUAGUUGAGUUUAAACGGGCACAUAACGCUGGAAUAAGCGAAUUUCAUUUGAGUACAGAAACAUUUGGGUUUUCAAAUAAAUUUUUCAAAAAAUAACUUCUGUGUGUAUUAUUUUGUUCCUCAGUGUUCAUUCAUAACAGUCGUUCAGGGAACAGUCGAAAAACAACAGCUUCAGCGCCGGCUGUGUGUCGGCGAAUUUCAGUUGACUUUCAUAGCUGGAUUUCCCCAGACAGAUUUCGAUACAAAGCUAGUUAAUUUCUUUUUAAAAUUAGUGUUACCUGUUAUUCUAAAGGAAUUACUGUCAAAUUUUCUCAUUUCUACUUUACGUUUAUUUCAAAAAUUGUCACAUAAAUAAGCUUGAUAAUUAUUUCAUUUAUUUAGUUUUAGCUUAUUUUUUAGAGUCUUUUUAGUUGGUGUUUAUAGUUGCAGAUAUAGUUUUCCCUCAAAGUUUUUACCCUAAUAUUAAGGGCAAGUAGACAGAUGCCAUUCACAAUAACAACAAAAAACGUUUUGCAAUUUACCUGAAGACGGAGAACGGCUGAUUCAGCGAAAGAAAAACUCAAAGGCAAGUUUUUUAAAAACAUAGAACAUGAUUUGUUUACGCUCGGGCAGAUGGCAGCAUACAUGAACUCCGACCGAUGACUCAACUGAAGGCAAAUGGAAAACAAUGUUUUUCUCUUUUGAUUAUGUUAUAAAAGAAAUGGUAAACGUUGCAGCUGUGCAACCAUGGAGUUAUGGAUGCACUUGGGAGGUUUGCUAAGCACUCAAGAAGCUAGAGUCGCACUCGGCUAUCGCCUCGUGCGACUCUUACGCUUCUUUCGUGCUUAGCAACCUCCCGCGUGUAUCCAUAACUCCAUGGUUGCACGCUGCACGUUUACCAUUUCUUAAUUUUAUUUUCGGGGUCCAAGGGAAUGGAAUGGGCUUCCUGACAAUAUUAAGAACACGAAAGAUAUUGAUAGUUUUAAGCGGACACUUUUUAAUGAUAUAUUUCAUACAAAAUAAUUCUGAGUGUAUUUUGAAUGAUUUUGAAUGUAUUUUGAAUUUAAUUGAACUACUGUAAAUAAGUUUUCUUUUCUUAAUUACCAGUUUUAUGUAAUAGCUAACAUUGUGAAUGAAAAGCCCUGGUGAAGGGAGUCUCAAUAAAGUAUGUAUGUAUGUAUGUCUGAAACUAAUCAACGGGUCCAGAAAAGAGCAAUAAGGAUUUUGCUACCAGGUUCUCA